CUGUUCUCCAAAAAUCCCAGGGAGAUGUGUUUCGGCCAAGGUAAAGGUCCCUUUAAUUUAACCUAAUGAGAGUGAUACAUAUUGCGCAAUGUAUAGUAGGGUUACACUGUAUCUGUGUCUUAAGGAAGGAAUGGCCGAAGGAUUGCAACUCUCAUGAUACUUUGUCAGUGUUAAGGCUGGCAAAGCAUCAUAGGAGUUGCAGUUCCACGAGAGCUGGGGAUUUGGUGCCAGGCGGGAGUUCACUGCCCUCUGACAUAGAAAGGGCAAUCAUCAGCAUCUCAAUAAACAUGAGGUCCCCACUGUGCCGGGUACCAUUGCUGCAACUUACAAACUCAGCCUGCCAGAUACUGAGCUUGAUGGGACUUACAGUCCUCAGGAGUCAAUGUAACGACAGAUUUUUUUUGUUUUGUUUUUUUAAAUCAGUUACUUUAUCAAUUGUUCGGCAAUUCUAUAGGCGAAUUAAACAUUUUGCUGUAUCAGAACAACUAUCGAAACUUGAUAUGUUAUUGUCAUAGAUCCUUAUCAUCCCAAAUCAAGAGCUACAAUGUGAGGAUUGACUAAAAUCGAGCCUACGGCAAAGUUCUAAGGAUGGAGCAAUCACCAUGGAAACUGUUGCUGCUUAUUGCACUACUUCCAGAACUUUGCUGCUGCCGAGCAAUUAAAAUGUACCCCCACCACCUCCACACUGGUAGUGUAGUGCCAUGACCUUUUAUCAUAUAGGUAGGCUGACAUAUCUGCACACUGCCGGCAAGAUGGAGAGUUAUGGGGAGGGUAGAGUGCCAAGUUAGCUGUUAUAUAUCAGCACAUAAUAAAGGGCUGGAUAUUAAUGUAUUAUGACUGAGGAUGGGCACAUAUUAUAUAUAUAUAUAUAUAUACAUACAUACAUACAGGUGCUAUUGUAUAGUGCAAUAUAUACCAUUCCCAUAACCCCCGCUACAAUACAGAGUAUCCAGCACCCCCUCUAUACUAUUACACAGAGCAUCCCAUGGAUUCAAUGCAGUACAAAGCAUCCCUAUAUAUGAUGCAGUAAUUUGAGUUAUUCGACCAGAGGGACCCGGAAUUCAUAUUAUUAUCCUUUCUUUACUUUGUGCUCUGGUUUUAGAUCUCUUGUAUACAUAUAUAGCUAUGUGGAGCACAUAAUGUUAAGAUCGUUGAGAUCCUUAGUGUGAAACAUACAUGAGUCAUUGGUACUGUUGACGAUUUAUGUAUAUUAUGUGUGAUAAGUGGAAACUGAAAUGGGUUUUCUGAUUUCUGAACUCUCUGUGUAAGUGUAUAUUGUGGAUGUUACAUUAGCGUGUGUAAAAUCUUAUUUAAAAGAAAUUACAAAGCAAAAUAAAAUAGUCCUAUAGAAUACCGAACUAGUUCUGUGCACUGGAUAUUGCUUAGCGUCACUUAGCGCAUCUGGCUGUGAGUGAGCACGGUGCACGACAGAGAGGGAGCUGCUCUGAGCGAGGGUGACAGUAAAGGUGACAGUGACUGAGCUGCUCUAAGUGAGGGUAGCAGUGAGGAUCUCAGUGGCAGAGCUUCUCUAAGUGAGGGUAGCCGUGAGGAUCUCAGUGACAGUGAAGUUCUCAGUGGCAGAGCUUCUCUAAGUGAGGGUAGCAGUGAGGAUCUCAGUGGCAGAGCUUCUCUAAGUGAGGGUAGCCGUGAGGAUCUCAGUGACAGUGAAGUUCUCCGUGGCAGAGCUUCUCUAAGUGAAGGUAGCAGUGAGGAUCUCAGUGGAAGAGCUUCUCUAAGUGAGGGUAGCAGUGAGGAUAUCAGUGGCUGAGCUGCUCUGAGUAGGGGUGACAGUAAGGAUGACAGCGGCUGAGUUGCUCUGAGCUCUCAGUUCCCUGCUACCCAGUGAUCAGCCCCAGUCUGACAAAUGUCGCCUCACAGUUGGCUCUGAUCAUUGAGGCGCAGAGCCCUGUCAGGGGGCCCGGGGAGGGGGGUUGAACUAUCUGCUUUAGGGUGGAGCUCAGUGAUCGAGAGCUCCCGGUGUGUCUGUACAGUGCCAGAUAUCUGAUCAGCAUACUGUGCGUAUACCUGGGUAAGAGAAAAUACAGCUUCCAGGACAUGCAGAGUGAUGACUGACCACUGCUGUACAGGAUGGGGGAAUUCGUCUCAUCUGUCAGAGUAUCCGAGAGAUCAAAAAAUGUAGAACAAGUCUGGCCAAACAAGAUAGAUACACAAUUACUGCAGAACAAGUGCCAUAAUAACGCUUGGCCAGAUUUAUCUAGGGCUAGUUACGUAUAACUAGUCAACGUUCAGCUAUUUUCCUUUUAAGACGGGCUAAGUAAAUCUAAAUUUAACCUAGUGUAUUCCUGGAUAUAUGUAUGCCUACGUGUGUGUGUGUGUGUAUAUAUAUAUAAUAAAUAAUAAUCUUGUGUUUUUCAUAUAUAUUAGAGAGAGAGAGAGAGAGAGAGAUUUGGUGUUUUGGGUUGUUUACUGCAACCAUCAUGUCAUUCUGAGUUUACAAGUCAGAUCUAUUAAGGGAGCCCAGAUAUGCUGUCACAAACUGUAAGUAAAGUAAAAAAAAAAACUUAGAAUGGUCCCUUAGUUUACAUGGUGACGGCUCCCUGUUCAGUACAUUGCCCCAUGUACACUUUCUGUCAUACCUCUCCUCUACCAAGGUAACAGUGGUAAGUUAAAGAUGAGCAAGUUACAAGUUUGGGGAACAAGGUUAUUACAUAAAAAAAAACAAAAAAACAACACAUUUCUGCUUACCAGAUCACUAUACAUACACACACACAAUGUGUUUUCCUUCAGCACUUCUUUAAAGGGCAUUCUAUGUCAUCUACUAUCUUAGCAAGAAGCAAUAAAGAUAGCUAAUAAUGUUCUGUACAAUGACUCUGCAACACUCUGAGCAGGCAGUGCACUCACCACCAUGUGUUCCUGUUAUGUCCAACUUGUUUUGUUGCAACUACUUGUUUGUUAGUCCACCUAUUGUACAAAGCAGGAACUGUAAUGCUAUAAUACAAAAAUGAUCUCAACGUAUAGAUGUCAACUAUAGACUUAACUCAUAACUUUUACCAUUUUCUCUUCCUACAUUACUCUCUCUCACAGUGAAUCAAGUUUCACUCAGACAAGUCUCUGUCUAAAUACAUAUACACACUAUAGACCAAAAAGUAGAGUGGGAGCCAAACUAGAAUAAGCCAUUAAAAUAUGCCUUCACAAAUCUGAUAGUGGUGUUUGUGGCUUAGGUGUCUGUCUGAAUAGAAGGCUUGCUAUUAACAGGUUGGCCCUACAUGCUAAACAUUGCUUGCAAUCAUAAACCGAAAACAGUAGCCCAACAGGAGGCAUUUACAAUAACACAGACCAGGUCAAAACAAUGCUUUAAACGUGUGAUAUUUCUCUGUCUCCUUAUCAUCAUGAUGGACACAUGAACACAAACUCCAUUUCCAAUCUUUACAAAUCGUUCACAGGGCCAUUUGCCAAAUGAUAAAUGAAUAGUUAGCCACAAAAGACAGUUUAAAGAUUUAUUCUUAAACCUUUUUAAGAACAAAAUGUAAUCUUUUUGAAAGUAUAUAUUUACUUAUUUACUAAAUAACCUCAAUUUAUUUAGGGAUUUGGGCUAGAGCAGAGGUAAUUUUUUUUUAUUUUUUUUUUUUAUUUGCUUGUUUUGUAUGUAUUGACGCUAAUGUGUGCUAUGGUCAUUGUUGCUGCCCAUGAGUAGUGGAAGUUUGAGCGCAGAACUUAUUUUUGUGUGUGUGUAUAUAUGUUAUUUAUUUGUGUGUUUAAAAGAUAUGAUUACAUAUUUGAUAGAGUCUAUCAUAGAAUAAUGAUGGUAUAUUCUGUGUAUACCAACACUACAGCACUACAGACAAUUACAAAAAAUAUUAAAUUGGUCAACUGUGUACAGUUAGUGGGAGAUGGAAUCUCAUGGGGAGACCUAGAACAUGCAAUCAUUAACAUAAAUGUUUGUCCAUUGUUGAGAUUUAAACAAGAAAUGUGGGAUUCAGAAACACUUUCUAGUCAGUAUGCAAAAAUAUCUAUGGGAAACCGGAAAAUGGCAUCUGGAUGGAAAAUGGUGGCAAACAAAUCUGAAAGUUAGGACCUUGACACUGAGGCCUGGCUACUCGUGUUUCUGUGUGGGUGGCUGUAUGUGUCUGUUAGUACAUUCAUUUAUUUCAUAGUUUGCAGUGAGAUCUUUCCACUUUGUAUUGUCUCUCUUGUUGUCUAGAGGGGAGUUGUCACUUUUCAGGAGGUUGCACCAUUUAAUAAAGUUUUGAGUGACAGAAAACAUUGACAAUUUUCAUAAAAUGCUCUGUUUUCUUUUACAUUUAUAUUAAAGACUUAACAAGUUACAUCACAAUCCAGUUCAGACAAGGCAAAGCCAGGGCGAACAUUGCAAAUGCUCUCCUCUUCUCUGUAUGUUUACUCUAUGUUGACUGCUCGGCAAAGAACAGAGGUGUAAAGUUAUAUAUUUACAGUAAAUUUAUCUUUUACACCUCACAAAUAUCCAUUUGUUAAACGGAGACGUAUGCAUAAUAGUGAAAAAUCUGGUAGGUGACAGCAGUGUGCUGAGGGACACAGAAAAGGUUUAGCUGGCAUUUAGGGGCCUGUUGGGAUGGAAUAAGUUAAAGUUAGGUGAAAAUUGUCACAACUCAGUUCAGGUCAAGUUUCAGUUCCUCUUAAGGUAAGAGAACACUUACAAAGUUAUUUACUAGAGUGAGAAUUCAAAGUGAAAACAAGGCAAAUUUCAAAGUUAAGGUCAAAAUUGUGUAUCUAGAAACACUCUGUAAGUCAGCCAUGCUUUCAGUUCAGCUAAUCUGACCUUAUAUUUUAAAUUAACCUUAAAUUCUCCCUGUAAUAAAUAUCCCUCUUGGUAAAAGCUCCAAUUACAAACAAUGGCUAAUUAUCACUUCCCUGUUCUUUACAGAGCAGACUAUUUUCCACUUUGCAUAUAUUUUUAGUCAUAUUAUUGCUGUUUUCUAAAAGUAUAUAAACUGUAAAUCUUAAUUUGAAAUAUUGUCACAGACAUGUCUAGAGUAUACAGGGACUGUUCAGAAAUUAUUAGAGACUUGUAUUCUAACAGGAGGAUAGAUGGGCUGCCAACACACCUGCAUUUUAACAUUUUAGCUUAAACUUGGCAAAUCGAUUCUGAAUUAACUGCAAUUCACAGUUAAGUAAAUAUCCAUGAGGGGAAACAAUAUCAGAUUUGAAAGAGAAAAAAAAUCUCCAACUGGCUAUAAUCCCAGUUUUACUAUUUUAGCAUGAAUUUUGCUGGGUUAAACUAAAGAUGAUUCAAUAGAUAGGUCUGUGUUACCCUUUUUCAAAGGAAAUCGAAAGUUCUUUUAAUAAUUUAUAAAAACUAGGGUUGAUUUUGGCUGGGGCAUAGCCGUGCAGACCUGGUCCUCUACAAACGCUAUAUAGAUGACAGUUUCUUUUCUUUUUUUUUUCUUUUUUCUUCUAUGGAAUGGACAGGUGUCUAAACUUUUUUUUUUUUUAUUCCAUUUCAUUCUAAUACUAUAGGGAUUUCAGUUGCUUAGAAAUAGUCCUUCUAUAGUGGAGAUUUUAAAUUUGGAACUGUAUAUUGAAAAUCUGUUUUAUAUUCAGAACUUCAGAAAAAAAAUAGCUCAUGUAAAUAGUUUUUUUUUCUUCUUUUUUUAUAUAUAUAUAUAUAUAUAUAUUCUAGUUACCACCAUGUUUAAAAAUGUUCCUUAGGAGCAAAUUAAAAGGAUUCAUCAAGAUUGCACUGAAUUUAAAGGUUUUAAAGAACUAGCAUUUAGGUUGAAACAUCGUUUUUUAGGAAAGUAUUCUGAUUUAGCAAUUUUAGAGGAGGCUUUACAAAUUGUUCAGAUGGAGGAGAAAGUUAAACUACUGGAACCUAAAAAGGAUCAAAUGAGUAGGGACCUAUAUGUGCCCAUCAAUAUUUUUUAUUUUAUUUACUUUAACUUUAUUACAAUGUUAAAUCGAAUAACACUAAACGAAUUAGUAGAAAACAUUGGCACGUUCCAUUAGAGGAUUGUGUGGCACAAAAAUCCCAGGUAGUUUUUAAGCCCCUAGUUUAAGGAUCAAAUUUGUACAGAACUCAACUAUGCCUCAUAGAGAUAAUCAUUAUUUGGGGGGACGUAAAGAUUUUUUCCAGGUGUGGCAACUGUCAUAUUUGUAAGGUAGUAGGGGAAAAUAGACACCUUUUGAAUUAAUAGUAACCAAGAAGGUGUAUAAGACUAAUUUUGCAGACAAAUAUGAAUAAAUUGGAUUAAUAUGAUUAAAUGUCAUUACUUGUCCCUGUAAAUGACAAGUUGACCCUGUGGACUUCGGUAGGUGCGUCUAGCAAGGAGAAUUAAAAGUGUGAUUAGGAGAACAUGUUGCUAAUCUAAAGGAGGAAUGAGAAUUAUUCCUUGACGUCUAUUGUAAUGAUGUCCAUGGAGGAAAUCCUAGCGUCUUGAAGAAUUUAGGCAUUCAUUUAUUUUUUUUAUUUUUUACCAUGGGGGUGGAGGGGGUAUUGGCACUAGACCUUUACAAUAAGAUAUGUUGUGGAUUUUUAGUUUGACAUGUCUUGCACCCUUAUGGUUGAAUGAAAAGAUGGAAUAAUUUAUGAGACUAAUUGCAAUAUACAGUCAGAACUAGGUCUUUGUGAAAUUUGCUGUGUUAGUAUGAUUAUUACAUGAGGCAAUAUUCUUGCAUUUAUUUAUUAUUUUGGAUGAGGAUAAUAUUAAGAUUAUCAUUGCAAAACAUCUAUACUGGAAAUACAAUGUUGAAUCCCUUGUAUUAUAUUAUAUUAUAUGUGGGGCAAAAUAAUAGUUUUAGUAGUAAUAUGAAUGUGUACUAAUGUAUAUUCCUUUUUUGUGUUUUUGCAAUAUAUAUCAUUGCUGUUUCUAAUGUAUUGUUAAUUAUGAUUUGUAAUUUAAGUUUUAUUUUGAUUUUCUUCUUUUAAACUUUAAAAAUAUAUAUACUUACACUGAUGAUAUAGAUUAUUGUUUUGUUUUGAUACUCUGCCUUUUUUAAUGGUUUAAGACAUAACCAUGACUUUAAGAACCAAUUUGGUAUGGAGGGUAUUUAUCAGGCCUCACUCUAUCUUAAGAAAGCCCAACUGCAUGAGCGAAAUGCUUUGAAGUAGCACACUAUCUACAUUUGCACUGAGACCAGUACAGAGCUGCUCCCAUUCUGGCACCCUUCCAGUUCAGGACUUCCUAGUCCGAGAUGGAGGUCUAAGAUUUAGACAUUUGUUACGGAGGUGUAACCAGCUAUCUGCUCACAGUGUGUUUGCACAAUGCACGUUUAGUAAGGGUUUUCAUUAUCUUAUAUUGCAUUUACCCAAAUAAACCGUAUUUUGCUAUGCAAUGUUUAUGCUUGCUUAAGGCACCAAAACAGCCUAUAGCUUAAUGGAGUGGUUUCGGUGUAUAUAUCAUGCACUUGCAGUCUGCUCACUUUUCUGCUAUUUAGGAGUUAAAUCACUUUGCUUAUGCAAUCCUAGUCACACCAAUCUGCAUGUGAAUUACAAAGCUUUCCCAAACACUUCCUGUAAAGAGCAAUAUUAUGUUAAAACUUCCUUUACUGCACAGUCUGUUUAGUUUCGAAUUUCGUAUCUCCUGUUAAUAGCCUCCUGUGUGAUUAAAGUUCAAUUUACAGAGCAGGAGAUACAAACCUUUAAGGCAUGCUAACAUCUAAUUGAAAAUGAAACCAUUUUUUCAUGUAGGUUGUUUAAUUCACAGCCAGGGGAGGUGUGGCGAGGGCUACAUAAACCUAAAUAGAAGUGCUCCUAAGUGGCAGAGAAUUUGAGCAGUGAGUCUGCACAGGCAUGACCUAUACACUAAAACUGCUUAAUUGAGCUAAAAUAGUUUUGAUGCUUAUUUAUAGUAUUCAUUUAAGUUAAAAUGGGAAAUAUGAUGGCUGCUUAAUGAACUUCUACUAAGUGAUCGCCUCUGAAAACUGCAAUAUUGUUUCUAUCACCUGAUUGAUAUUACACUGCUUUUGGAGAGAGAGAUUGACAAGCUUUGUUGAAUGAACAUUGUAUAGUUUUUUUUUGAAAUUAUUUAACAUUCAGCUAUUUCAUUUGUUUAUAUAAUCAUAAGGAAGCAUUUGUCCUACUGUUUUUAUAGAAGAUAUACUGCAUGUACAAUGCAUUUUAGUGCUGUAUUUUUAAAACAAUUUCUUAUAUUUUGUGUGCACCUGUAUUUAAGAGGUUUUAUCCUGCAAUAUUUUCGCUAAUGGUUGAAGGUGAUCUCUCUUCCUGUUAUGUACAUGCAGUGCCUAAAGGGAAACUCCAAUUUCAAUAACCAUUACAAUUUAUUGUAGUGGUUAUGGGGCUUGGGAACAAUGGGUGAAUCCCCUCCAUGGUUUUUGUCAGAUUUCAAAUGAUUUUUUUAAAAAGGGUAUGGAGUGUGUAAGUAAUAUAGUAUCCAGAAUUAGAUCUGAGAUCAAGGAGGAGAUAUGGACUUUGAUAUCUUUCAAUAAAUCACAACUAUACCAUAUAUGAAUUAUCGUGCUAGUCUCUUUUUUACAUCUCCAACAUAGGGGUGAAUAUGCUUCAUAUAUUUUAUGUAAUGUAUGUAACUUAGGUACCAUCUGUAUGUAAUCUUUAGAUGUAAUUCUAACAGAUAUAUACAAUGGAUAUUUUUUUUAAAUUGGAUAGUAGCUUGGUACCAUUCGAAAGGGGUAUAAGAUAAAUUGAGAUCCUUUUCCCAUUUGACAAUGGGAGAAUUUUUUUGAGCAUCCAACUUUCGUUCCAACAACUUAGACGAUCUACUAAUUAAACCCUUAGAUCCUAAUCUGUCUAGAAAACCGUAGAUAGAAUGUUAAAAAAUAGGAGGGUGCCCCUGCUACGUAAAACUACCUCUCUGACACUCACACUUUAAUAUCAUGAUUUAUAUGCUUAUCUCUUCAUAUUUUUAAAGUCAUGCGACGUGAAAGACAAUGUGACAAUCCCAAUUUCAGAGAUUUCAGCCUAUCACUGUGAUCCUGGUUGGAUGAAAAUCCUCAAUGCAGAAGUGUGAGAAGGAGAAUGGGUAGUCUCUGUGUUUGGGAGAGGUUUGCCAUGAGCUAAAACUCUCCCUAAGUGGAGUCAUUUGAAAAAUGACACUCCACUCUUUUGUGGAUCUGUGUUUUCUUUUUAUCUUCUCAUAUAUGGCCUGGAUAAGUCUCUCUGUUUGGACUAUAUUGUCUGAGUGUAGGUAUUUUUGGUUGCUGAGAAUACUGUGCAGCUAUGUUCUUCUGCAAGAUAUAAGCCUCCCUUCAAGUCAACUGGAGUAUCCAGCAAGCAAAUGUAUCACCCAAAUGGAAGAAAAAUCAAGAGCUUCAGACACCAGGAGCUAUAUAAAAAGCAAUAUACACUGAACAAAAUUAUAAACGCAGCAUUCUUGUUUUUUUGCCCAAAAGGCCUAUUUCUCUCAAAUAUUGUUCACAAAUCUGUGUUAGUGAGCACUCCUCCUUUGCUGAGAUAAUCCAUCCACCUCACAGGUGUGGCAUAAUAAGAUGCUGAUUAGACAGCAUGAUUAUUGCAAAGGUGUGCCUUAGGCUGGCCACAAUAAAAGGCCACUCUGAAAUGUGCAGUUUUAUCACACAGCACAAUGCCACAGGUGUCGCAAGUUUUGAGGGAGCGUGCAAUUGGCAUGCUGACUGCAGGAAUGUCCACCAGAGCUGUUGCCGUGAAUUGAAUGUUUAUUUCUCUACCAUAAGUAGUCUCCAAAGGCGUUUCAGAGGAUUUGGCAGUACAUCCAACCGGCCUCACAACCGCAGACCACCUGUAACCACACCAGCCCAGGACCUCCACAUCCAGCAUCACUUCCAAGAUUGUCUGAGACCAGGCACCCGGACACCUGCUGCAACAAUCGGUUUGCAUAACCAAGGAAUUUCUGCACAAACUGUAAAAAAACGUCUCAGGGAAGCUCAUCUUCUCAUCGUGGUCUCGACCUGAAUGCUCACAUUCGAUGGCAUCUGGCACUUUGGAGAGGUGUUCUCUUCACGGAUGAAUUUUGGUUUUCACUGUACAGGGCAGAUGGCAGACAGCGUGGGUGAGCGGUUUGCUGAUGUUAACUUUGUGGAUCGAGUGGCCCAUGGUGGCGGUGGGAUUAUGGUAUGGGCAGGCGUAUGGUAUGGACAACAAACACAGGUGCAUUUUAUUGAUGGUAUUUUGAAUGCACAGAGAUACUGUGAUGAGAUCCUGAGGCCCAUUGUUGUGCCAUUCAUCCACGACCAUCACCUCAUAUUGCAGCAUGAUAAUGCCCGCAGUUCCAUGUUGCAAGGAUUUGCACACAAUUUCUGGAAGUUGAAAACAUCCCAGUACUUGCAUGGCCAGGAUACUCACCGGACAUGUCACCCAUUGAGCAUGUUUGGGAUGCUCUGGAUCGGUGUAUACAACAGUGUGUUCCAGGUCCUGCCCAUAUCCAGCAACUUCGCACAGCCAUUGAAGAGGAGUGGACCAACAUUCCAGAAGCCGCAGUCAACAACCUGAUCAAAUCUAUGUGAAGGAGAUGUGAUUCACUGUGUGAGGCAAAUGGUAGUCACACCAGAUACUGACUGGUUUUUGGCCCCCCUCACCCCCAAUACAGUAAAACUGCACAUUUUAGAGUGGCCUUUUAUUUUGGCCAGCCUGAGCCACACCUGUGCAAUAAUCAUGCUGUCUAAUCAGCAUCUUGAUAUGCCACACCUGUGAGGUGGAUGGAUUAUCUCGGCAAAGGAGAAGUGCUCACUAAUACAGAUUUAGACAGCUUUGUGAACAAUAUUUGAGAGAAAUAGGCCUUUUGUGUACGUAGAAAGUCUUAGAUCUUUGAGUUCAGCUCAUGACAAAUGGGGGCAAAACCAAGUAUUGCGUUUAUAAUUUUGUUCAGUGUAGAAGCAGAUUAGAUUGUUUAAUUUUUGUGAAUGAGACACUUUAAAAUUUGCCUUACUUAAAGGGUUUCCCCAAGCACCAUGCCAACUUCAGUUAUUGGAAGUGGUCAUUUAUGGUGCCUAGAAUCUAUAUGUGCAGUGUUUUUGCUUUGAAAUGCUGCACAUACAGAGAUGAACACCUUAAAUCCACCUCCAGCAGCACCAUUUGGCAGCUCAGAACAAAUUUCCAUGCUGGCUAAUGUCUAUUCUGUGCAAAUCUGGAAUCACAUGCUGGCGCCAGACAGCCAAUGAGGCGCCCCACACUCCAUGUCGCCCCUGUCCUCCCUGACAUUCCUUCCCUUCUAUUGAGGGGAAGAGACAUUGGCCAAGGAGGAUGAGGCAAAUGUGGCCUUUGUGAGGGAAAUGUUUAGGCUUUUUAAAAUGUAUUUAUUUUGUUUGGGCAGGACCAGCACUGAAGGUCCAAAACAAAUGUCUUAUGAAAACACAGUUUUUUGGUUGGAGUUACCCUUUUAACGUUUUUUAAAAAAUUUUUGUCCUGACUAUUUUUUGGAUGACUCCAUUUUCAUUGUUUGCUUGCGCCAUGUGCCCCUACCUGACCAUGUAAAGAUUGCGCAUGUAAGGUGCCACCUAACAAUGCGCAUUGUGUGACUGCAUGAACUCAUCUAUUCAUAUCACUGCUUCAUCAUGAAUGAUUUAUUUCUUCCUGUUUAAUAUAUGAAUGCUACCUUGUGGAGCCAUUCAUGAGAAAUUCAUUGGUUGCAGUAAUUGUUGAAAUUCAGUCUUCCCUAGUUCCAACUGGUACUUAAUGUCCUAAAACGUGCAUGAAUCAAAAUAUUGGCUUUGAAGUUAUCUAUAAAUCCUGCACAAGGUCCAUUUCAGUAUUCCUCACAGAAGCGUAUAAACAAUAUUUCUUUGCUGUAUGACUGCAGUAGUGCUGAAUCAGAGCCACUUGAUCUAUGAUUGCAUCAAAUGUGUUAGAGUACCACUGGAGUAAACACAAAUGCCCAGGUGUGCUUGUGUUUUGGGUACCAGUAUACUUCAGCAGCCCCCUAUCACUCUAAGUUUUGCAUUCUACCUGCACAUGGCAUCAUAGGUGAUUGAAAGACCACCAUUCUCAGUCAAGCUCUGAUUAAUGAAAUAAAAAUAAAUAAUAUGCCAAUUUCUUAACCUCUAACCUUUACUUCAAUAAAUAUAACCUAAUCCUGUAUUAACCCAAUAUCUUUAACCCCCAGAAUAACUUUAAAAUUACUCUCAAUAACCCAAACCCAACACUCCAAGCACCAAUAAUCACUAAAGUGUGAUGUAGUUGUUAUGGUACCUUCCAUGUUAGUAGACUACUGAAGUCGUCUAGUAGCAGUGACCUUGGUGUUUUACUCCGGCAAUGUCAAACAUUGCCGUUUUGAUGAUACACUAUAAAGUUUUUUCAUUGCGGGGCUAAACACCACUCGAGUGGCUGUGACCCUGAGGGGUCAAUACCCUAAAAGGUGUUUUACAUCUAUAGUGUCAGGAAUACAUAUUUACAUUUAUGAGAGACUAUUGUGUUCCCUUAACUUCUUAACUGGGGUCCGCCUAGGUGCUAUUGCCUGCCUCCUCUCAGCUCUGUGCUAUAACCACUACAGUUUGGUGUCCUAAAGAUGAUGAACGCCAAGCAUACAAUUAAUAUCUAAUACUCCUUCAACUCGGAGGAUAACCUCUAACUUAAACUACCAGAACUCUUGGCCUACAAGUAAUCACUAAUAGAACUCCCCAUAACCAUUAAUCUACCACUAAUAUCGAAGUUAAACUUCCAUAAUCCUUAUUAUAACCUCACACUUGUUACUCUCUUUAUUUAUAGCCUAAUCCUAAAAUCUAACAUUACCAUGAACCAUCUACAACCUGUUACCUGAAUUUCCUAAACCUCUAACGUGACCCAAACUUUUUUUUUUAUUCAAAUUGGCAAAACCCUUAGACUAUAAUGUAAUCCAAUCUCCCCAUAAUUUAUACCGAACCUUAAUAUGUCAUCCUAGCUCCCAUAACCCCAUGUGUAACCCUAAUAUCAAAUCCUAGUUCCCAUAACACCUAGCGUAACCCUAAUCCUAGCUCCCAUAACCCCUAUCUUAACCCUAAUAUCUAAUCCUAGCUUCCAUAACCCUUAACGUAACCCCAAUAUCUAAUUCUUACUCCCAUAAUAGCUAAUCCUAGCUCCCAUAACCCCUAGCGUAACCCUAAUAUCUAAUCCUAACUCCCAUAAUAGCUAAUCCUAGCUUUCAUAACCCCUAGCGUAACCCUAAUACCUAACCCUAGCUCCCGUAAUCCUAAUACCUAACCCUAGCAUAACCCCAAUAUCUAAUCCAAGCGCCCAUAAUCCAUAGUGUAACCCAAUAUCUAAUCCUAGCUCCCAUAACCCCUAGUGAAACCCAUAUCUAACCCUAGCUCCAAUAAUUCCUAGCGUAACACUAAUAUCUAAUCCUAGCUCCCAUGAUAUCUAAUCCUAGCUCCCCGACAUAGCUAAUCCUAGCUCCCCGACAUAGCUAAUCCUAGCUCCCCGACAUAGCUAAUCCUAGCUCCCCGACAUAGCUAAUCUUAGCUCCCCGACAUAGCUAAUCCUUGCUUCCAUUUCCCCUAGUGUAACCCUAAUCACUCUGAUUAUUGGUAACUCUCUCCCAUAUUAUUGGUCACUCCCAUUAAUGAUGGUAACUGUAUUAGUGUCUCUCCCAUUAAUGAUGGUAACUGUAUUAGUCUCCCUCCCAUAUUAUUGGUAACUGUAUUAGUGUCUCUCCCAUAUUAUUGGUAACUGUAUUAGUGUCUCUCCCAUUAAUAAUGGUAACUGUAUUAGUGUCUCUCCCAUUAAUAAUGGUAACUGUAUGAGUGUCUCUCCCAUUAAUAAUGGUAACUGUAUUAGUGUCUCUCCCAUUAAUGAUGGUAACUGUAUUAGUCUCCCUCCCAUAUUAUUGGUAACUGUAUUAGUGUCUCUCCCAUUAAUAAUGGUAACUGUAUGAGUGUCUCUCCCAUAUUAAUAAUGGUAACUGUAUGAGUGUCUCUCCCAUAUUAAUAAUGGUAACUGUAUGAGUGUCUCUCCCAUUAAUAAUGGUAACUGUAUUAGUGUCUCUCCCAUUAAUGAUGGUAACUGUAUUAGUCUCCCUCCCAUAUUAUUGGUAACUGUAUUAGUGUCUCUCCCAUUAAUAAUGGUAACUGUAUGAGUGUCUCUCCCAUAUUAAUAAUGGUAACUGUAUGAGUGUCUCUCCCAUUAAUAAUGGUAACUGUAUUAGUCUCUCUCCCAUAUUAAUAAUGGUAACUGUAUUAGUCUCUCUCCCAUUAAUGAUGGUAACUGUAUGAGUGUCUCUCCCAUUAAUGAUGGUAACUGUAUGAGUGUCUCUCCCAUUAAUGAUGGUAACUGUAUGAGUGUCUCUCCCAUUAAUGAUGGUAACUGUAUGAGUGUCUCUCCCAUUAAUAAUGGUAACUGUAUGAGUGUCUCUCCCAUAUUAAUGAUGGUAACUGUAUGAGUGUCUCUCCCAUUAAUAAUGGUAACUGUAUUAGUCUCUCUCCCAUAUUAAUAAUGGUAACUGUAUUAGUCUCUCUCCCAUAUUAAUGAUGGUAACUGUAUGAGUGUCUCUCCCAUUAAUAAUGGUAACUGUAUGAGUGUCUCUCCCAUAUUAAUAAUGGUAACUGUAUUAGUGUCUCUCCCAUAUUAAUAAUGGUAACUGUAUUAGUGUCUCUCCCAUUAAUAAUGGUAACUGUAUUAGUGUCUCUCCCAUAUUAAUAAUGGUAACUGUAUUAGUCUCUCUCCCAUAUUAAUAAUGGUAACUGUAUUAGUCUCUCUCCCAUAUUAAUGAUGGUAACUGUAUGAGUUUCUCUCCCAUUAAUAAUGGUAACUGUAUGAGUGUCUCUCCCAUAUUAAUAAUGGUAACUGUAUUAGUGUCUCUCCCAUAUUAAUAAUGGUAACUGUAUUAGUGUCUCUCCCAUAUUAUUGGUAACUGUAUUAGUGUCUCUCCCAUAUUAUUGGUAACUGUAUGAGUGUCUCUCCCAUUAAUAAUGGUAACUGUAUGAGUGUCUCUCCCAUAUUAAUAAUGGUAACUGUAUGAGUGUCUCUCCCAUAUUAAUAAUGGUAACUGUAUUAGUGUCUCUCCCAUAUUAUUGGUAACUGUAUUAGUGUCUCUCCCAUAUUAUUGGUAACUGUAUUAGUGUCUCUCCCAUUAAUAAUGGUAACUGUAUGAGUGUCUCUCCCAUUAAUAAUGGUAACUGUAUGAGUGUCUCUCCCAUAUUAAUAAUGGUAACUGUAUUAGUGUCUCUCCCAUAUUAAUAAUGGUAACUGUAUUAGUGUCUCUCCCAUAUUAUUGGUAACUGUAUUAGUGUCUCUCCCAUAUUAUUGGUAACUGUAUUAGUGUCUCUCCCAUUAAUAAUGGUAACUGUAUGAGUGUCUCUCCCAUAUUAAUAUUGGUAACUGUAUUAGUGUCUCUCCCAUAUUAAUAUUGGUAACUGUAUUAGUGUCUCUCCCAUAUUAAUAUUGGUAACUGUAUUAGUGUCUCUCCCAUAUUAAUAAUGGUAACUGUAUGAGUGUCUCUCCCAUUAAUAAUGGUAACUGUAUGAGUGUCUCUCCCAUAUUAAUGAUGGUAACUGUAUUAGUGUCUCUCCCAUUAAUAAUGGUAACUGUAUUAGUGUCUCUCCCAUUAAUGAUGGUAACUGUAUUAGUGUCUCUCCCAUUAAUAAUGGUAACUGUAUGAGUGUCUCUCCCAUUAAUAAUGGUAACUGUAUUAGUGUCUCUCCCAUAUUAAUAAUGGUAACUGUAUGAGUGUCUCUCCCAUAUUAAUGAUGGUAACUGUAUGAGUGUCUCUCCCAUUAAUGAUGGUAACUGUAUUAGUGUCUCUCCCAUUAAUGAUGGUAACUGUAUGAGUGUCUCUCCCAUAUUAAUGAUGGUAACUGUAUGAGUGUCUCUCCCAUAUUAAUGAUGGUAACUGUAUGAGUGUCUCUCCCAUAUUAAUGAUGGUAACUGUAUGAGUGUCUCUCCCAUAUUAAUGAUGGUAACUGUAUGAGUGUCUCUCCCAUAUUAAUAAUGGUAACUGUAUGAGUGUCUCUCCCAUUAAUGAUGGUAACUGUAUGAGUGUCUCUCCCAUUAAUGAUGGUAACUGUAUGAGUGUCUCUCCCAUAUUAAUGAUGGUAACUGUAUUAGUGUCUCUCCCAUAUUAAUGAUGGUAACUGUAUUAGUGUCUCUCCCAUAUUAAUGAUGGUAACUGUAUGAGUGUCUCUCCCAUAUUAAUGAUGGUAACUGUAUGAGUGUCUCUCCCAUAUUAAUGAUGGUAACUGUAUGAGUGUCUCUCCCAUAUUAAUAAUGGUAACUGUAUGAGUGUCUCUCCCAUUAAUGAUGGUAACUGUAUGAGUGUCUCUCCCAUUAAUGAUGGUAACUGUAUUAGUGUCUCUCCCAUAUUAAUGAUGGUAACUGUAUGAGUGUCUCUCCCAUUAAUAAUGGUAACUGUAUGAGUGUCUCUCCCAUUAAUAAUGGUAACUGUAUGAGUGUCUCUCCCAUUAAUAAUGGUAACUGUAUUAGUGUCUCUCCCAUUAAUAAUGGUAACUGUAUGAGUGUCUCUCCCAUAUUAAUGAUGGUAACUGUAUGAGUGUCUCUCCCAUUAAUAAUGGUAACUGUAUGAGUGUCUCUCCCAUUAAUGAUGGUAACUGUAUGAGUGUCUCUCCCAUUAAUAAUGGUAACUGUAUGAGUGUCUCUCCCAUAUUAAUGAUGGUAACUGUAUGAGUGUCUCUCCCAUUAAUAAUGGUAACUGUAUUAGUGUCUCUCCCAUUAAUGAUGGUAACUGUAUGAGUGUCUCUCCCAUUAAUGAUGGUAACUGUAUGAGUGUCUCUCCCAUAUUAAUGAUGGUAACUGUAUUAGUGUCUCUCCCAUAUUAAUGAUGGUAACUGUAUUAGUGUCUCUCCCAUAUUAAUGAUGGUAACUGUAUGAGUGUCUCUCCCAUAUUAAUGAUGGUAACUGUAUGAGUGUCUCUCCCAUAUUAAUGAUGGUAACUGUAUGAGUGUCUCUCCCAUAUUAAUGAUGGUAACUGUAUGAGUGUCUCUCCCAUAUUAAUGAUGGUAACUGUAUUAGUGUCUCUCCCAUAUUAAUGAUGGUAACUGUAUGAGUGUCUCCCUCCCUCAGCCCUGUUGGAUAACUGACAUUUCCCAUGAUGCUCAGCGAGUCUAUGAAGCAUAGCCGCUUUGAUACCAGCACUGGCCACCAGUAGGAGGGCAGCUCCCAUGAUGCAUUGCUCAGGCACUGUGUGUAUAUAUCAGACUGUGUCCGGGCGCCCCUGGUGCUCAAUGUUGGUAUUGCAGCCAGUGACAGGCGGUCCGGUACCGCCCUCCACCCGGGGCUCCAUAAUAACAGGACCGUCUGUAAACAACCGACCCAGCGGCGAUAAACUACCGCUAUAUAUUAUUUACUUCAAUUCCCCCUCCCCCCCCCGCUUCACAGCGCGUGACACCGCCUCCCUCCCACCCCCCUCCCCACGAAGGACAGGCGCGAGCCUCACUUACGCCGCGAGCCGGGGGGCGGAGCAGAGCGCGGCACGAGAACACGACAAAAACAAAACACAAUCUUUGUAAACAAUCCUGCCUCGCGCGUCUCGUAAAGUACCCGGGGGGCGGGGCCAGCAGACUCAGUAGCUGCCACAUGAAAGGGGGCGUGUCAUAUGUGGAAAAAAAAAAGGGGGGGGGGAUUUCCCGCCCGCUACUGCUUCGGAUUGGCCCUUCCUGUCCCCGUUCACCCUCGCCGGUGACCAAUAGGAAGUAGUGUAGGGGGCGGUCCUGUGACGUCAGCUCGGCUUGCUGCGCUGCCCGUGUCGGUGAGCGGCAUUGUGCACUCGGAGCUCCAGGUGGAAGGCAGCGGUCCGGCUCCCGGCCUGGGAGGAGUUAUUAUUAUUAUUGAUAUUAUUAUUGAUAUUAUUUUCUGGUGCUGUUCCCGGAGUUGUGUACCGGCGGAGCUCACUGUCUGCAGACCUGUUCAAUGCUGGGGAGGGGGAGACCAUGAAUCCCGACCUGUGACUGUAAGUGCUGCUAAUCCUAGCCGGUGUCUGCUGCUGCUGUUCUUGUUGUUGUUGUUAUGGCUGUGCAUGGUGUCAGCUCCGCUGUCUGGGGCUGGCUGCAAUCCGAGCUGGCCAAAUAGGAACUUCUCACACACUUUAUGGAAGAACUACAACUCCCAGACUACUCUGCCGUCCUUCAAACUGGCAAAGCAUCGUGGGAGUUGUAGUUCAGUACCAGAUGGGGGAUCCCCCUCUAUGGCCACUCCUGUUCUAUAUUACUAAAGGCUAAGCACAGGCAUCCAGCUCCUUCUUUUAUCCAUGGUGUGUCUGAGGAUAAUGGGAAAUGCAGUCCAUAACCACUGCAGUACAGAGUCAUAGCCAGCACUAUAGACUAUAAUGCCCAUCAGCCAUACAGAAGACUAGCAUCCUUGUACAUGGAGGAUAAUCCCAGGUCACCAGAAUAAUAUUGAAUUUCCUGCUUAGUCAGUGGUGAAUUGAUACUUUUUAAUAUUCCUGAAGACUCUCCAGUCUUUAAAUAUUGAUUGCCCCUGGUAUUAGAAUCAGGCAGGGGGGGCUAUGGUCAGUAAAUGCCAUUACUGGUUUCCCUGGGGUGAGAGGCUAAUGCAGGACACAGAGUGGAUGAGGUUAAGAUGUCUGCUAGGGCUCUUUGGAAGUGAAGGAAUCUCCUUGUUUGCAGACAGCCUGGCUCUAACAGUAGAGGGACCCUUUCUGCUUCUUGUUAAAAAAGCUUCUUCAUCCUUGCUGUUUCAUACACUACAAAUGACAGCUUGAUGUUAUGAAGUUUCAAGCCAACAAAAGCCAUGAUCUGCAUGGAGCAGCAACAAAAACACAGUUUUUAACCCUGCUUUAGUACAGUCCUCUUAGCUACAGUGUAAAACUUGUUGCCAUUAUUUUCUGUUCUAAAAAUGUAAUUUUGAGGUUACCUGGAUGAAGAAUAUUUUUCAUGUACUGCUAAUAAGGACUAUAUUUUAUAAGUGGUUUAGAAUAUGUAUCACUCUGCCAAAUGAUUUCGGUGUCACUUUAUUUUUAUUACAUAAAGCACAUUUAUGAUUGCAGGAUCAGUAGAAUCUGGUGCAUUUUAGUAAUUUAUGAGUGAAAAAAAUGUUGGUUUGUCAAAUUUAUAUCUCAUGGUCUUCUUCUUAGUAAGUAUUUUAGACGCUUUGCAUCAAGGGAGAUGUAGUUCAUCAAGAUUUGGAGUGCCAAAGUUGCAUAAAGUUUUGUUUGAACAUUGAGUCUUAUAUUACUUUACAAAUGAGCAAUAGUACAACUUCUAAUUAUAUACAUAACAUUUGCUAUAGAUUACAUAUUGCCUUAACACUGAACAGGGCUCUCAUAACAAGAAACCUUUCCCUGAACCUGGUCCUGAUGGGGUUAAAUAAACUGGGUUUGAGAUGAGUGGUUCAUUUUAUUUACAAUUAUUAUUAUUAUUUUUUUUAACAAGUGUUAUGUGCUGUUUGAAAUUCUGUUGCUCAGCCAAUUUUUUGUCAAAAUUUCCUUAAUUAAAAAAAUGAUCCUGGCACAAGACUAGCUUUUAUUAUUCAGUGUUGGCACAGUCUGCACAGUGUGUCUACAGCUGUUAACCCCAUGUUUGUAGUAGUGCCCUCUGUAAAUCCAUACAGCAGUGAAAGGGUAAACUGUUCCUUUCCCUCCCCAUAGGGAAGCUUUUUCACUCUACUAUAAACCUAUUGUGACGCACUUACUACAACUGUUACCCUUGCCAAGCCUCUGUCAGACUUGCUUCGCUCAGCACUUUAACAAGAGAACAAUAGGGCUGGGAUAAGGAGUCCUGCCAAAUACAGAUACAGCAGAAAAUCAGUGCAGUCACUAAAACUACCGCAGACGCUGUUCACUUUUCAGCACCACUGAUCAGCCCUCUCUCCUGUUAUGACCUGGAAAAUGAACCUGCUAGUAUUUCUCCACAGCUGAUGCAUCUCUUUUUAUAAGACACUAACUUGAUCACUUAAUCCAAAACUUAUAGUAAUGUGAGGAGGCGAAACCCAUCCAAGCAAAACACCCACAACUUUUCUCUAGGGCCUAAUAUGCAUGUAUUAUUAUUUUUUUUUACACACAAACAAAACCGUUGACUGCCCAAAAGUUAGUCUAUUAUUGGAAGUUACUUGAGUUUUUUUUUUUUUUUGUAUAUUCACAUAGUUAAACUGUAAGUUUUCUAAUUACUAGGCCAUUGAAUCUAAGUAAAAACCCAACAACUGAUUAUUGUUUUUUUUUUUUUUGGAGAAACUUACUAAAAGGAAAAAAAAUAAAUUUAUAUAUAUAUCUCUCUAUCUCUAUCUCUAUCUAUCCGUCACAGAAAACCACUAUUACAUAGUGGGUGGGUUUAUGUGAAAAAAUAAUGUACAUCCAAUUUACACCAACCCUCUAAUACCUAACCCUAAUGCAUGGUGAUGAGACAAUGUAGAUUACGAGCUGAUUGUGAUUUUAUUUCUUGUGUAGAUGGUUGUGGGCUGCCUAUCCAAAUUGUCAAACAUUUUGUUUAUUACCUUAAAUGACUUGAUGAUUAUUGUACGUUUAGCAAAGCGUUAGUUUAGUUAUUUCUAUUUAAAGAAUAUUUUUUUUUGUCUGUCAUGAGAUUAAUCAACAAAACUAGACUAAUCUGGGAAUUGGAGUUAAAAAAUAAAAUAAAAAUUUAAGCUGUACUAGAUUGAGAACGGGUCAGGUGGAUGGAUUAUCUGAUGUCCUCCUGAUUUUUGUCUCCCCCCACCUUUUGUUUGCUUAAAUACUUUUUACAUGUUUCGAUUGGGCUCAUCUCAUAUAUACAUUAGUUUCUUUAAUGUCCAUUUUAUACUUGUAUCUAGAGUCCUACGAAAGUAUGAUAUAGCAGUUGAUGAAUUUCGUUAGACGUGAGGGUUUUAGAAUGCUUUUGUCGGGGAAAAUUCGACACAACUUGAGGUCCAGAUCUUAUCUGGAACAUCGAGAAUCCCUCUAGAACUUUCACUACUAAUGAGAUGAUUUAUAAAAAGCUUUCAGUGGCUUUUAGAUGACUAAAAAAUGCAUUCACAAUAGUGCACAGAGUGUUUCGGGUAAGCCGUUCCGUCCACCGCAUAGCUUGUGUUACAGAAAGGUGCAGUCCCUUUUCACAGGCAAACAAAUAAUUUCUUGUUGCAAAUUAAUUUUUUUGGCUUUUUAAUUAUGUCCUUUUGGAUCAUGUACAACAGGUUUUUAUUUUCAGUAACUGCUGUUUGAAGAAGUAUCCUUUUCCAGCUUUUCAAAACUUCUCUAGUUAAAGAGGAACUGUUGUCUCUGGGAUUUAUGCAUUACUUAAUAGCUGGGUUUUGCGUAUUCGUUCUUUAAUUCGUUAUAAUUUCAUCAAAUUGAAGACUGUUAAACCCCAGUCUGGCAUACAGAGCCGAUCUUAUGCUAUCUAAUAUUGUGUGGCAUGCACCAGAGUGGAAUCAUGCAUGAUUUGGGCAUCAUGGAUGCAAGAAAGAAAUGUAAAUUGGAAUUACUGCAAUGCUUGGUAAACCGUGGUAGAGAACUGCAGCAUCCAAAUUGUAAUAGUAGAAUUGAAGAAAGAAACGCCAAAAAAACAUUUUUUGGCCUAGAACAGGGCUUGAAAAUUUGUAUUGAAAUCUAGGAGACUGAUUUUUCAAAGUCAAAAAUACAAUUCUUAAAGGGACACUCUAGUCACCAGAACCUCUACAGCUUAAUGUAGUUCUUCUGAAGUCUAUAUCCUGUUCCUGCAUGCUUUUCAAUGUAAACACUGACUUUUCAGACAAAAGGAAGUGGUGCUAGAGGUGCUUCCUAGGUCAGUGUUGCACGGUGUGUAGCACCUACGUUAAUGCCCUUCAUAGGAAUGCAUUGAUUCAGUGCGUCUCUAUGAGAAGUUGAUUGGCACAGUGUUGUGUUUUGCCACGCGUGCAGAAUAAUCACCAAUGCUUUACUAUGAGGAAGCAUUGGAUUGGCUAAGAUCAUCAAGAUUGAUGCCAGCAACUGUGUCACCUGUACGGCAGGGAAAAAAAGGUGAGAAAGAACACCAUUCCCAUGUGAUUGGAGGGGGCAGGUCGCCUAAACAUACACACUUACUGAUUUGAUACACACUCACUGACAAACGCACAGAAACUUAUACUGCAACACUUACUCAUAAAUUAUUAUUAUUAUUAUUUUUUUUUAAAUCGAAAUCCAUCCAGCCUCCGUACCUUUUGGAGAGCUGGAGUGGAUCAGCUUUUCGUAGGGCUGCUGCAAUCUCCCUCUGCUCUGCCCCCUAGAGUGCUGUUUAGUGAUGUGGGGCCGGACUAACGUGAUAAUAUGGUUCCCGGCAUCACUGGAGGGAGCAGAGCAGGGAGAUUACAGCACCCUCAAUUGACACAACCCUAGCAGCCUCCAUAAGCCGACUGCCCUUCUCCAAUCUUUGGUAAACGGUCACCUUGGGCUGAACGGGCUCACAAAUCCCAGAUUGCUAGUACAAAUAUCAUGGUCGCCAUAGGAACCCAGCGCCUGGGAUUUGACAAGUUUUUAUUUUUUGUGUUCCUGUCUUCAAUAAACCUAUAUGAUGCACCUACCCUGUUAAACAUGUGGAUUGUAAUGGACAGAUAAUGGUGCCAACAUGCUGAAGGAUUUUGGAGAUCUAUAUUUUUUUUUUUUUUUUUUUUCACACAUGCCUCUGCUGCACAGCUUUAUAGUAGGAAACAUCUCAAUAAAUGGUGACAUCUCCUCUUCAAAUGCCACACAAAUUGGCUAGCAAGAUUUAAAUGGGGGUCAACUCAAGGUUGGUGUCCCUUUAAGUGAACUUGGAUAAUGUGUUUAAGAUAAGGACACAUAUUAAAUUUUUAUAUAUAUAUAUAUAUAUAUAUAUAUAUAUAUAUAUAUAUAUAUAUAUAUAUAUAUAUAUAUAUAUAUAUAUAUACUUUUUUGGUGUUGGCAAUAAAUCCACAGGAUUUGCAGCUUGCUACCUGGGACUGCAGUUCCAUUGUUUAACGGAGUGCUGAGCACCUUAAACCUCUUUGCACUCUACUGCAAUAUGCUUACAUACGGCUCUAUUUAUGGAAACCGUGAAAAGAUCUACAGAUGCAGCCUUAAGGAAGAUUUUUUUUUUUUUUUGUAUAAAUAAAACACAGAACUCGGACAUCAGCCUGGGACCUUCUUACACCAUAAACCGUGACAGUGGGCUUAAGAUGUCGGUUCUUGUUCCCUUCUACACGUUGUUCCAGUUUUUGUUAAAUAAAUACUGCUUAUACCACAAGCACUGCAACUUGCUGUGAUGGUUCUAAUGCUCUGGUUGCUCAUCCCCCAUUGUAACUAGUCAAAUCAUUUUAAAAUGGUUUUCCUUCUUACAUGGGGUGCGACAGAAAUAGCUGCCUGUCUCUACUACAUUUGACAGAUUGCUAGAAGCUUUUACCUUUCCAUUGUUUCUUGUUGAGGUGGGGAGCAGACUCCAGGUAAGAAGUCAAACCGUUCCUAAAUGGUUUGGACACUUGCAUUGGGGGUGCCAGGGCACUCCUGCCACCAUAAAAACUGCAGCAUGCAUUAGUAGUUAUGGUGCUUGGAGUGUUCCUCUAAUCAAUACUCUGGCUUUUGUCAGGACGUCGGUAGGUGGGAGAAUCAAACUCUGAUUUUUAUUUAUUCUAGUCUUGUAUUAAGUUAUUUUGUUCUAUAUAUUGCAAUAUCUCUGCACAGCUGACUCUUUAAUGAAUCAGCCUUUACUUGUUAAUGCUGUUUGGGCUACAGACUGGUUUUUGCUGUCCAAGAUAAACUUCACUACAAUUGUCCAAACUACAUCAUAUAUGGAUUUAUUUCCUACUGGGUCAUAUUAGUUUUUUUUUCCUAAUUGCUUUCUGUAUGUAUUUUUGCAUUAAUAGAGAAUUAAUUGAGGCAUUUUAGCCCUCUCCCUUGGAAUUGUAUCUGGCAAAAAAUGUUUCUUUAAUGGCAGUAACUGCUUAUUCUCAUACAUGAAGAAUUCAUUUGUCCCGGACUCACAAUAUCCCUGCAGAAGUGUUAGUUGUUUAUUUUUUAAAAUAAAUUUGGCGUUUUUUUUUUUUUUUUUUCUUGUAUUGGUUUUGGCCUCUACAUUCUACACUGAACCGAACAGACCCCUCCCCCUCCCUUCCUAUUGUGGUUUGGGCCAAUAUGGUACAGGAAGUUUAUUUUUUAUUUUUUUUAAUUCUUAUGCUUGCUAGAGAGUCCAACAGUGCAGAUGUUGCAGCCAAAUUCGGUAAAACAGCAAGUUUUUUAAAAAAUAUUCUUUUUUAACAUGUUGUGGUUAUUUCAAAGGUUCUAUGUCUGAACAUGUCCUUUUUUCUUUACCUUGCAGAAAUAAGAAGACCAAAUGGCCAAACAACCAUCAGUGUUGAGCCCGGGCAGUGAUAGCGGAGAUAGUGACCAGUUACAGCCGACCAGUAGACCUCCAUAUCGCCCCCUUAGAAGAGGGGCCCCAACCUCCCUCACCAGCCCUACUCAAGGUAAUUUUUCUGAUGAGGGGGGAAGCUCCUCUGCCAGCACUCCUUGGGGUACAUCUGUACCGCCAUAUAGUCCCAGUUCAUUCGCCAACAGAUCCCCGCAUUGCAUGCUGGUGAAAAGAACAUCGCUCGUCUCCAAGUCCUCCAGCGGUUAUUUCUCAUUUGAAGUGAGCCCUGCACCUGUGAGUUGCGAUAAAGCCACUCAAACUCCAAGUCCGCCUUGUCAGGCAGUCAACCACCUUUUGUCCGCAAUGGGUAAGCAAGAUUUGGUGACCUUUUAUUUACCAGAAAAAUGGGUAAUGUAUGAACAACACACGAAGCUCGGUAUUUGAAAGGUUGCUCUUUUGGUGUAACUGUUCAGAGAGGAUUUAACUCCUACUACAUACACAAUGUACAAAACUCUUUUCUAGAGUUAUAAGGAAGUAGUUAAUUUUUUUUUUUUUUUUUUUUUGUCACACAAGAUGUUUAAGUCCUCCAAAAAAAUUAAACCUUUUUAACCCCCUGGUUUCCCAUGUUCAAAAAUUGUUCAACUUACCCAUACACACUGACCACCACCUUUCAGAUAUAUUUGCCAAAGUGACAAUUCAAAAUAGAUUACACAUGUAAGACCAGAGUAGCUGAUCUGAAAGCAUGUCAGACUUGGGUAAUUGUUCCAUUUCAGCUAUUUUGAACUUAAAUUACAUGUUGGCAAGUAACCCUGUAUAAAUAACACUUGUGAGAGUGAAUGGGAACUGUACUGUUUAUUAUGUUUCAGUGAAUUUACAGUGUCUGUUAAAAUUGCUACAGGAAUAAUACUUUUACAGUGAUGAUUAAGUGAUCACAGGUGUCCACUAGAUCUCGUAGAAUUAGAGCACAGCAAACGGCAGAUUCUGUGAGAAUCUUAGCUGGUUCUAAGACACUGAGAAGACCAUAACCCCUGCAGAAGAGGAAGAAUGGAAGUAUUUUCUGCAUUGCUAUCUUAAAGGAUCACUCUAUGCACCAUCACCACUACCGCUCAUCGUUUCCUUUUUAAGUUUUAAUUGGAGUAUGCUGGGUGCUGCUACCUGCCUCCACUGCUAAUGCCAGAGAGCUGGAACUUCCAUUGGCUCUCCUGAGAUCAGCCCUGUAGAGCAUGAUUUGGCUCAUUGACUGAGAGUGAUCAGGAAACGCUCUCCUGCUUAGGAACUUCCGGCUCUCUGGCUUUAGUAGUGGAAGUGGGUAGAGGCGUCCAGUAGAUCCCCAGGUAAGAUGUCAGACCAUUCAAAAAUUGUUUGACUAUUUACAAUGGAGAGGUGUCCGGUCACUCCUGGCACCGUAAUUACUACAGAGCUGUAGUGGUUGUGGUGCUUGUAGUGUCCUUUAAAGUAUUUUAUUGAUCAUGCAAUCAGAAUUGGGGGGAGGGGGGUAUUUUUAUGUUUGAAACCUGGCUUAGAGUUAUGUAGCCUUGCAGUAAGUAAGUUCUUUUGGGACCUGCGAGUCCUGUCUUAUUUAGCUUUAUUCUUUGAUUUUUGGGUCUUGCAAGACCAGGCACACUGAGCAAACCUAGGGACCUGUGUCCCCCAUCGUGUUCAAUUUUGAGAAAUUUAUAUGGAGUGCCUUCUACAACUGAAAUUACAUUAUCAUGGCAUUAGCAUUGUAUUCGUUAAUAAUCCGCUCAUGGGCAGAUCCCUCUUUACAUUUUAUCUUUUCCCCCAAUUGUAAAGUGCUACAAAACUUUGUUGGUGUUUUGUAAAUGCCAGUAAUAGUAUAAAUCUGGCCCUUUAGAGACCGUAUCCUCACAUGUUGCCCUUUACAUUUGUCAGCCUGGUUUUGUAGGCAUGUUAAAUAUACAUGGAUUUCCAUAUUUUGAUAACCUGUAAUAUGUCAAUGAUCUCUAACUGGUAUAUGAACAACUAAUGAAAAUUUGCCAUAGCUACACGUGUUUAUGUAGGAAGAUCUUAAAAAACCUCCAGUCCAACUAUUUUCAGUAAUAUUAUGUAAAAUAUAUGCAAAAAAAUAGAGCCCGUUGUUGUCUGGUGGAGAUAUAGAAUAUUCACGAUACUAAAACAUCCUCCCUAAUGUUUUGGGAGGACUAGGAAGUUAUUCUUUACCUUGGUGAUUUUAAUCUCUAGUCUAAUUUGUCUUGGAUUGGUCUAAGCGACAAAUGUCCUUGCACCGCUUUAAAAUGAAUCCAGUUCAAACAACUAAUUAAAAUAAACAGAACACUACUACAGGUAUAGAUGGCGAGCUCAGUGCUGGCAUACAUUAGGUAAAUUAUUGUAAUUGUUUUGAACCACUUCCCAGUCUAAACAGUGCUCACUGCAGAAGCUGCAGAUUCUGUGGUUUGCAGCAGAAAUUUGAAAUAUAUGUGUGUGUGAGAGAGAGAGAGACAUGGCUUGCCUUUUAAUUUAACCCACUAUUGGAGUACAGAGAAGAAGUAAUGUUGAGACCCACUGGUUUGGGUGCCCAGCAGCUGUAAGUCUAAUUCUUGUUUGGUAUGUAACUCAUGUUUCCAGUUAAAAGCCCUGUAUUUAUUAAGACUAUACAAACGAGAUUGACCUGUAAUUUCCUUCUAUUUCAUUUUGAAUUUGUUUCUAAGCACCCCUUCACCUACUGGAGCAGACUUCAUAUGACGAUUAAAGUGAUUGCUAUCGCCAUCUAAUUGUUCUUCAUCCUGUUUGUUUCCUUAUGAAAUCUUGUGUUUUCUAAGUUGCUGUGCUUCUGUUGGUUCUUUCCUGCCCAAAGGGCCUUCAUUUAUUUAAGAUUAACCUUCGCAGACUUCGCAUAUCCAUGUUCUUUUGCUGUGAUGGGACAGACGUUUGUUUUGUUUGGAAGGGACUUAAGGCUGCAAAAACUGGCUGGAUUAUUCUUCAUAAAGAAAUGUGGCCUUGUGAUUGGUAUUGUCUUAGCAAGUCCUCUCAAAUACACAUUUUACAAUUGAUUAAUUAAUUAAUCUAACAUUUUGUAAGAAAGUGAAUUUGUAGAAAGUUUGAUUUUGUUUAUUUUUUUUUUAUAUAUAUAUAUUUUUUUUUAUUCUUAUUCCUCAAAGUAUCAUUUGAGUUUCUCUAGUACUGGAGAAGGCAGUGUCAUGUCAAUGCUGAAUAUGAAGUGUUUGUGACAGCCAAUUAGUGCCCAAUUUUCAUUUCAGGCAGCGUACAUGAUGCUGCUUACAUCGUAAUGAAUAACUGGCAACAGACAACUCAUUUUGGCGCAGGAUCAAGUAAAUGCUGGCUUGCACUAGCUUUCCUUUUAAACUACACAACUGGCAAUAGAGUAUACAUACUAAUUACCUGAACUGCUCCCACCCCUUCAAAAAACCAAAAUCUGCUGUAUUUGUUGCCAUGAUUUGGAUAUGUAUUGCUACAUAGGAUAUUAAAAUAAUGCUUAAAUCCUUUAUCAUUUGUCCAGUACAAUACUGUUUUAUGUAUGUUAUGCUAUCUAGUUAAAUCACAGUUUAACAGGUUCAUGUUUCAUAUACCGCAGGUUUAUCCCAGCAUGCAUUGGCCAUACUUUUGCUGGGCAGGAACCAAAUUUAUUUUAUACCUGUACCCAAUGAUUGACAAAUGUUUGUUAAAUUUAGUAGGUUUUUAUUUUUUACCCGUUAUUUGGGUAUAUGAACUGUUUUUCUAUUUAUUUAUUUAUUUAUUUUUUUAAUUACAUUUGUACAAUAAAUAAAAUAAAAAAAUGUAUCGGGGGAAAUUUCUGUAGGUUAAUAUAUUCCAUCUUAACUUGUUAUGGCUGACGUACAUUAUUUGUAUGUAGAUUUGAAUAAUUAUUAUUAUUAUUAUUAUUAUAAAUAUAUAUAUAUAAUUUUUUUUUUUUUUUUCUCACUUAAUAAAGCUUUAAUUGAACAAACAAUUAAAAGUCCCUCCUAAUGCGGUGAAUCGGUGAAAUAUUUUUUUGUCCUGAUUGCUGUAUAUAAUCACUGGUAUUGUGCUCUGGCAGUCUGUACCGUUUGUCUCCUUAAAGUCAUGGUAAAUAAUACAAAUUUACGGCCUUGGGUGCCUUCCAUUAAACGUUGAUAACCUUAUUUGUUACAGACAGGAGUUGUGUCUGCAGCUGUGCAUUGCUCAGUAAUGUGCCCCGACCAAAUGCCUCUGGCAGAACAUUACAAAUUUGUACCUUUUCAUUCUAUUGCGCAACCGGCUGGGUGAAUGUUUACUGAUUUUAGGCCUUGUGACUCAGUGUAUUUUUACCCUCUUAAACACAAUAGUGCUAUGUCUACCAUUAAUCUUAAUGAAGGGUUUACCAAAUAACUGCUUCACAUUGUAUGCCUUAGACCAGGAAUGAAUAUUGGCCAACAAACUUCGUACCCCUUUCUAUUCUAAUUGAGUCUUCUCAGUUAUCAAGCCCUCUGGACCAUGUCUUAUGUGCGUGUAACUGUACUGCAUUAUCUUUUUGCUCUGUUUGUUUGAUAUACUCUGUCUAGUGGGCCAGCUCAUGGUUUGAUACUGUUGUACUUGAUAGAGCGAGCUUAAAUAUUGAUUUCAGUUUGAGAAACAAAAUGUUCAGAACUUUAGCUUGUGAUCAUAGAUCCUAACCCUCUCUCCCUGCUCCCACUCCCCAAAUAAGUCCACUUGUCAAACUAUAUUUUGUAAUAUCCUGAAAUUGGCAAUCUAGGAUUUGUUGGUGUAAACCGUUGAAUUUUUUUUAAAUUUUUUUUUUAUUGUACUGGUGGAGGAGGGGAGGUGGAGGAGGAGGAGAAGUGUGUGUGUUAAAACUGGUAAAAGUGAAGAUAAAAAUAGAACUCUGUGACCAGUGGGAAUAACUGCGAGGCUGUGGGAGGUGCUACAGCUUGGUAACUUUAAGGAAAAGCGUGCUCAUUGUUUUCCCAGUUCGAUAAACUGCUUACUUGACAAAAGAGAAGCAAUGUAAACAAAGGCAGUCUUUGGUUUUAAAACUUACACAGUCUGUGUUCAGAGUGAACUGAAGGAGAGGGCAGACACCUCUUCAGCACUUCCUGCUUUCACCCCAGGCUCCUGCUCUGCUGUCUCACUCGUUGACAUACGGGUACAUUCAUUGGGGGCUCUCCGAGAAACCCAGAGCAGCAUGCAUGUUGUUAACAUUGGCUAAUCACCUGUCUGUGCUGCUUUGAGAUGUGCUUCAUUCACACCCUGACAUACAGAUGUAGGAGAGCUCCUUGGUCCCUUUGUUUAUAACAUACUUUGUGUAGUUUAAAAAAAUUAAAAUAAAAUAUAAAUCUCUAACUCCUAUAGCAGUCAAUUUGCCUGGGGGCCACUAGUCUAGCCCUUUACUUUUAUCUCCCAGGGGGCUUCAGAUCUGUGCUGUCAGAGGUGUUUGCAUACCCACAAAUCUCUACUCCUAUAAACACACACACACACACACACACUUGUGGGUAUGCAAACCUACAUACACUUCUACCCUGCACUGUCUCAUCACUGAAGUUCUGGCGUACACCUGCCAAAUGCCGGAACUUUACUAAUGAAACAAACAAAGGCACAAUCGCGGCCAUAAAGUGGAACAUACCACUAGCAAUUCAGGACACGGAGAGCCAUACUGAGGUAAGUAGCUGUGGGGGAUUGUACUUUGAGACCAAUGCCCUAAAGGAUAGGACUCCCUCUAAUCCAGCUCUAACUCCCUCUAAGCAAUAAGCACAACUGUAGUUGUGACCUUAUUCUAAAACACCCUGACUUCAAAAUAAAUCCGUGCACUAGGGGCAUUUUGUUGGUAUUUUAACCCCUUAAGGACACAAUUUCUGUAGUUAAAGGGAAUCAUGAUGGAAUAUUUCCGUCAUGUGUCAUUAAGGGGAUAAGGUCAAUAAAAGAAUUAAUAGCACCCCAUGUCUGACCCCCUCCUUUAAAAUCUGCCGCGUUAUUUAGAUUUUAUGGUAAAUUAUUUCCCUGCAACCUAAAUGGGGCAUGACAGGCUUGUAUGUGUGUAAAUGGCUAAUUUUAGAUAAACACAGAAGAGAACAAUUCUCCAGCCCUUAUUCUUCCAGCUUGGCUAUUAAGGCUUAAAAAGUGCAUUCCUUUGGUUGGUUCACAUUGUAUAAAUGUCCAGUUUUAAAAAUAUCAAUCGAGAUGUUGGCAGGAGGCUUAAAGGUAUAGCUUGCUUAAAAAUAUCACAAGAUACAAUCUUUAUAAUGCCCUAAACACUGUUUUGGAAAUUUACUGAAGUGCCAACUCGUAUGCACUCUUUAUAUGCUUGACAAAAGGCAGAGCUACUUCUGUCAAACAUUGUCAAGCCCUCAGUAAUUCUAAUGGAGGCUCUUGUGAGAUACUCCAUUGACAUCAGUAUUGCACCCUUCACUUGUGCUUGUGCUGAUGUCCGCCGCCGAUAGAUGUGGCACCAGAAGCUAUAGAGGACCUCGAGAAAGAAGAUGGUCAUAGCCAAUGAUGGACAGGUUCAGGUAAGUAAAAACUCCCAUCCCCUGCAUCUCAGGGCCACCUCACUUGAAGAGGAGGAUUUAGUGGUCUCCUCAAAAUAUGCAGAAAUCCCAGGUUACAGAUUCGCUUUUAAAAAAAACUAAUUUUUUUUUUAAAUGCUGUUAUCAGCACCAAUGUUAGUAAAGUAUGGGGGUUUAGGUUUGGUCCCUUAGGGACCAUUGUAACUUAUUAUAAAGCUUGUAUUUUAAAGUUUUGUGUCUGCAUCUCUGACCUUCAUAGUCGUCCCUGUUUUACUUUAGCAGUCGAGUUCAUUUCUGAUUAUCUCUGUUGAGCUGUUACAAGGUUUGGGUGCCAAGAUUGUGUCAUGUUGGCUUUAUUAAAAGUUCAUAACUUAUCUAGUGUACAGACUGAUUAGAUUUGUAGCUUUUGUUUGCUGAACAAUUUCAAUACACCGUAAAAAGGGUAGCAAAAGUGUUAACAAAAUGGGUGUUUGAAGAAGCUUGAUAUUUCAAGAAUAAUACACAGUUUAUUAAAGUAAUUUGCUACUUUGUUACUUGACGGAGAUACAAAAAGGUGUAUACUUAUAAAUGUCUAAGUUGCAAAACCAUUCUCAGCAUUGUUGGUGAGGUGCCACACAUUUCUUGAGGUGUCACGAAAUGUUUACUUGUAGAAUACUUGCCCCUGGACAUCACUGUCUCUUUUAAAAAGUUGCCCUAAAGCAAACUUGUGAUUUGCACAAACAGAUACAGAUACUUGGAUUCUGAAUGCCGAGGGAUUUGUUAAAGGGGAUAGUUUUAGGCUACUGCAAUUAAAUAAACCAAAACCAAAAACCCUAUUGUUUUGCAGCCUCUUGUUAUGCCCAUGACCUGUCAGUCAUUCCACGAUGUUUUAUGACCGCAUGCUGAGCAUGUUCUACUGCCAAGCCCAGGAACAUAUUAUAGAAAAUGUAACCGUAAUGUAAUUAAGUUCCCAUAAUUAGAAAACCAGAAUGCCAGUGAUUACAUCCUUAUUGUCAUGACUAGAGCAAUAGAUGGCACAGAAUGUGAGUAGCACGGUCGCAUAAAACUGUGGGAACCCCCAUAAAUAAGUGGGUUGGCAUGCACCAUAACUGACUUAUUUGGUCUAUGCAGUAUGGUUUAUUCUGGGCUUAUAAUAUCAAGUCCUUCACUACUAGUAAAGUCUUAAAUACUUGACAUUGCAAAUCUGGCGAGUCUAUGGCACAGUCACCAGGGCUGAAUUACUUCUGACCAUAGGUUGGGGGCAAAUGGAAAUUUUAAGCACUUAUUUUUGAAUAUAUCCCUGUGCUUAAAGGAACACUAUAUUAGAAAUACAAGCCAGUUUUUCUAAUGCCAUAGCGUCCUGCUCGAUGUCAUUGAGAAACCUUGCUGUGCCAAUCAAAUGGACUAUGAGACCAUCUGUUUAAAAUAGCCAAGUUUCAGGAUGAGUGCCUCAGAAGGCAGGUUAUCCCUGCAAUGAAAAAUAUUUUACAACUGAUGGGUUAAAAUGAGCAGGGCAUAGGACCCAGACAACUUCAUUAAGAUUCCAGGACAAGUUUGCAAGUUCUUACAGAGCUUGGAGUGCCCUCUUUGAAGUGCCAGAAUGCAUCUACAACCCACUGUAGCGGAGAGCUAAUAUUUCAUAGCCUAUCUCCACUUUAGAUCCCAGUGAGGCUCAGGAACAAGCAAUUAUAAAUCCAUAGGGCAAAGUAUCCAGCAGGCAAAUUAAUACAGCAGUAUCCCAACAGCACUCCCAAUAACUGGACGACACACAGUAUCAGGAGCAGAACUAAAGAUUUAUUCACACAGUGGCUUUAUAAAGCAUGCUCCCAUGCAAGGGAGGGAUUUCCAUUCAUUAGUACAGUAGCCAAUCCUUUUCUGGUAACCUCCCACACAUCUCCUCCCCUCAGCCUGCAUCAUAAUCCCCUUAUCCAGGACACCAAUUCCCCCCCGUUUCUGGAUGUACCCCUAAACCUAGGGGUACCGCUUUAAAUGAUACAUCCCCUGGUAGCCCUGAUCUGGGUGAACAACAUAUCCAAAAAUCACCCAGAUUAGACCAGGGGUUCAGGAAAUUUAUGGAGGGAAUAAAAUGACCGACCGCGCUGAAGAGAAUAGCCGAAUUGGGUUCCAUGCGAUGGGGCCCUGUGGUCGGUCCUGGAAAAAGGGAACAAAUUGCACAAAAGCCUCCAGUUACAGAGACUAGGGAGGGUUCGCCUGAAUCCCCUCGUUCGGUUGUUUCUGUCUACCGAACGAGGGGCCGUUCGGUAGUUUGGAACCGAACGGACUGGUCUUGUGGAGGUCUCAGCGGUGUUUGCCUAGUCGGUAGUUUCAUUCCCUUAUUUGUUAGAAUGAUUCUACAGAACAAUCAGACGAAUACAAUACAUUUAUACACAUAUAACCUGCCAUUUAGACGAAUGCAGUUAAAACCUAUGCAAUUCUCAGGACAGCCCAGUGCCAUCCGCUACACCCACUAAUAUAUUUUAUUAACAUAGAUACAUGUUUUAUUUGAUAGACAUCCUUUUUGCCCUGUUAUCUGUGAAUGGUCUCACAUACAAUAACAAACCUAUUGUGAAAGGAAUUCAUUUUAUUACUUCAGAAAAUGUGAAACGUGAGGCUGUGCUAUGUUACGGCCUGAAAAUAGUCACUUUAUCGGGUAAAUGGAGUCGACUUGGCUAAAAGACUGUUGAGGGGGAAAAGAAAGGUACUAAAAUGGUAGAUUUACAUUUACAAAUUGUUAAUUUGGUUAUAGGGCUGUCACUCUGCAGAUUCUCCCUCUGUGAAUAUUGCUAGUUUUUCUUCCAGUCACUCAAGCUUCCCAUGCCAUCUAGAAUUAAUUUGCAUAGACUUGACAAUUUAAUGUCAAGUAAUACUCCAGUACUGGCCAUGUUGCGUGAGUUGGAUAAGACUUGAUACAAAUCAUAUUAUCUUGUGUUAGAAUACGCGCAUCAGCCUUAAAUUUGAGGAUUCCGUGCCGCCUCUGUCAUGUUGAGCAUGGCACACUUUGUAACAUCCAAUUUGGAGGCUCCAAGUACAGGACAUGAUGCACGUCAUUGGUCUCAUGGGUUUGCAGAGUUUUCAUGGUCAUAUCACGCCGACUACAGGAGUUAGAACCCUGGAAUACUAAGUCUGUUUCUAGUUUGUCAUGUCAUUGUUUUGUGGGGUAAAGUCUUAUGGCUGAACUGGUGUGCAGAUCCUUGUUUAACAUUGUAUUAAAUAUAUACAACACCCAAUAUUCUAUACUUCCCUCUUCUGUGGGAUCUUUGCCCUGUUGUGGUUUCUAUUGUCUAAGAGUGCUCUCUGACAUAUUGGUGUUCUUCUUACUAACUCUUCUUCGUAUAGACUAUUUGGCUUUUCUAGUACCCACGACACUGGCUUGUUUAAUUGUAUUCUGUGUAUUUCUGGAAUCGUUACUUUCUGACACUGUAUUUUCGCAUAUCUUGUACACACGAACGUCCGGUGGAUGUAUUUUGCUCUUUCUGUUACUUUAUACUAGUGGCUUCCCUAUUCUGUGUGUUUGUGUUACCCCAUCAUGACCUGUGUGUGUCUGUAUCACAGAAUAAGUUGUUUUGGCUAUGUGCUCUCUAACUUUUAUAUUUUUAUUUUUUUUUUUUACAACCUCCUUAGAGAAUGCCUACAUAAACCUUUAAAAAAAAAAUAAAAAAAAAAUAAAGAAUUUUAUGCUUAAGCGAGUGUAAUUCCUCAAUAGUUUAUUUUAUUUCCUCUCCACAAACUAUAUUUAACUCGCUCACCUAAAACCAUACCUAGCCAGAAAAGAAAAUCUAAAAAUACAAAGUAAAAAUGAUUUGCACGUUCCUGUUAAACUGGAGUAUAUUCUUGUAACCCUGUCUUGAAGACUGUAACCUGUAAAAAUAUUAUUUGAGGCCUUCGAUAAUUGCGGCUGAGGCCACGGCAGCCUCAGAUGCUCUCUUGUGUGUUAGAACAUAGAGAAACGAGGAGAAAUUGGAGGGUUGAAUGUGUUUUUAAAGGAAGCACGGGAAGACACCACCCAAAAAAGCAACAUGACCCACACAAUAUAGCAGAGCAGCUCAUUUUCACUGAUUUGUAGACACUAGAAUUUUUUGUAAUGUUUAGUUUUACAUCUAAAAAUGGGUAACUUUUUGACCAAAUUCCAUUUUGUGAGGGUGAUUUUAUUUACCACUGUUCUAUGUUUUUAAUCCAGUUUUAGAAUGUGUUUGUUUUUGACGUACAGAAACUUAAAGCCUACUAUUCUGAAUGCCUAGUAAAGGGCACCAGGUACCCCCAUAUGUUAGGUUACUGAUUGUAAUGCUGGAUGUGGUGUGUUUAUUAUUUUUUUUAUUUUUUUAUUUUGUAAAAUCUUAAUUUACAUUUAAUUAUUCAUAAUAUAACCAACACAAUAACAUAAACUCAUUUCACCAUCUCCCAAUAUCAAUCUCUCUCUCUCUUUACACAGUGGAUUAUGAUUGCAAUGUUUUACUAAAUUAACUGUACCUAUAUAAGACAAGACUGCCCUAAGCAUCUAUUUAAUGCCUUAUGUUGGAUGUAGAAACUAUGCUGAAAGGGAUACUAUGGUCACCAAAAUAACUUUCGCUUACUAAAGCAGUUUUGGUGUAUAGAUUAUGCCCCUGCCGUUUCACUGCUCAAUUCUCUGCCAGUUAGGUGUUUAAUCACUUUGCUUCUGUCUAUUCAGCCUGAGCUACAACUCCCCUGUCUGACACAAUCUCCAUGAAGACAAAAUGGUUUAAUUUUUAAUCAGAUAUCUUUUACUGUAAAUUGAACAUUAAUCACAUACAGGAGGCUCCUGCAGGGUCUAAAAAGCUAUUAAACGAGCAGGAGAUAUGAAAUUCUAAAAUUAACAUAAUUUACAAUAAAGUAAAUGUAAACAUUAGAUUACUCUUUACGGGAAGUGUUUAGGAAGGCUGUGCAAGUCACGUGCAGGGAGGUGUGACUGGGCUUUAUAAACAAAGUGAAUUAACUCCUAAAUGGCAGGGAAUUGAGCAGUGAGACUACAAGGGCAUGUUCUGUACACCAAAACUGUUUCAUUAAAAUACACCCGUUUUGGUGACCCUUUAAUCUCUUUAUCCUACCAUAUUUGUAUGGCAAAUUUUCACUAGACCAGUGGUUUCCAAACCCCUUCCGGUACAGGAUUUACCCAGUUGUGUCCAAGGUGUUUUUAGAAGAAGAAAAAGAAAAAAACCUUUUUAGACCCAACUGGAUAAUCCCUAAAUCCUGGACCUGUAGGUGUGCCUUUUGAGGACUAGUUUGGAAACCACUGCACUAGACAAAUCUCCUCCGUUCCUGACAGACUCCUUAACGGAUCGUGGCUGAGUUGCAUGCAUGGGCAAUUCUGCCUGACCACUUCAGUCAACAAAGUGUGAAUGGUGCAGCACCCCUAGUGCCGCUGUCACCUGCAAACGCAUCAUUUCUGUUUAUACUUUGACGAAUGGAACUGCUACCAAGGUUCUAUUGAAUAGGAAGCGAACCUCCUGAUUGGCUAAACCGAUUUUUCGGCCUAGGAGACCAUUGCAGAAGCAUUUAAAGAUAAGUUUAUGUAUAUGUUUUAUAUCUGAAUGCAUUAAAACAAAAGGUCACUUCCAGCUUGAGAUCGUCAUUUAAAAAAAGCUCCAUUAGCCCACGCAUGGUGUCCCUUUUGGUGCAAAUAGAGCUAAUUAAGCCAUGACUGCUCUACAGCAGGACUUUGGCGAAGUUAUAGUUCAGAUUAUUACUGCUUCCAUUCCCAUAAACUUGACUGUGCAGGGAAUUAUUGGAUAUGUUCAUCAGUCCCCGUGAAAAAUAUGGGAGUGCCAGGUCUGGCCGAGACACAUCUUUGACCACUCACUGUAGAAACUACAAAUCCUGGGUAUCUGCAUCAAAUGUGGAAACUUCAAUUGUAUGUAUGUUUUUUUGUUUUUGUUUUUUGUUUUGUUUCUUUAGUUGGAAUAUCUUCUAUAUAUCUUCUAUCCAUUAGAGAAUGGGUUUAUUGCUGGCUUUGAAAGACCCAGGUGAGUCUGGUCGUAUGCUUUCUGGAGUGUUUCUUUCAGUGCUCGAUAUCUGGAUACCAUUCUUGAAUGUUUGAUUUCCAGUAGUGUUUUUAAUUUAAGCAGAACCAUUUCUUGGAUUACUGGUUUGAAAAUGGGUUUACAUUGAGUGUACUAUGUAAUGAAAUUAUGGAUUCUGACAAAGGGGAAAUUCCCUGGUAGUAUUCAAUAGUUGAAAAGGAUAGUUGGUAUCUAUGCAAAAGAAGAGAUGCCUGGCUCUGUUUAUGUAAUGGUCCAGCCUAUGGCAUUUUAGUUGCCCUUGGGUUCAACUCUGAUCAGUGAAUGGAUUUUUUUUUCUGUACCUUUGACAUUUGUAUAGCUAAACCCUGAAUUUGAACCAUCUCCUCUAUGCAGCUCCAAGUGCUUUAGUAGGCAAGCCAUUUCAACUUGCAGACUGAUCCUCUAUCAGUAAAGUGAACUUGGACUCAGUAUGGUCAUUUUAAGCAGGAGGAAUAGGUUAAACUCGUAAAUUUCUACUGAUGUAUAUUGAGCUGUUCAUGGGUUUUAUGUACCACAUAAACGGAGCCAGCUCUGUGCCUUUCAUAAUUGUCUAAACUGCUCUCCUCAUUGAUAUUUUUUAUUUUAUUUUUUUAGUUUUUCUGUUAGGUAAAUAGUAAUCUGACUUUCUAAAGUGUGUGUAUAAUAUAUUUACCAGGGCUCAAAAGUUAAACUAGCCAUUGGUGAGUAAAAAAAUAAAUAAAAAAAUUAGGCUUUGUGAGUAUAAAUUUACCCUGGUGUAAAUGAUGCAGUUUGGCAAAGCCUUCCAAUUUUGAAACGAACAAAAGCUAAAUUGAGUAUCUCACCUGUAUCCUUAACCUUAAUCACAAUUGUGCAAACAUUGAGCCAUAUAUUUAAGCUAUAAUCCAUGUUAGUGAAUACAGAGCAUUACCCCUAAUUUUUCACUGACUGUUAUUACCAUCUGCACUUAUGUACAUCAUUGACAUUAGACCGCCCAGAACAAGAGUUGCUGGACUGACAAAGUCAUAUGUGCUGGGGGUGUAACUAGCCCCUGGCACAUAAGCUAGUAUAUAUCUGGAUGUACAGAAAAGCUGCACAUCCAGAUUCCUACUAUGAUAACCACUACUAAUCAAUGAAGUGGUCAUUGUGGCUGGAAUAACGCUUUAAGUAAACGUUAGCAAUUUCACAUCAAUCCAUGAGUCGAGCAAUGUCUUGGUCUGUCUGGAAUGCCUCUCAGCAGACAAUUGCCAGACUCUGCUUGGUUACCUGAACAAAAAAACCACAUUUUGCCAAUUUUCAAUACAAUAUACUGUAGAUGUAGGACCUCCUCCCUUAUUACACUAAGACAUAAGUCUGUGAUUCUGUUAAAAAAAAAUAAAAAAAAAAUUAAAGUAUUUGGAGCUUUUUAGAAAGGACACCGGUCCCCAUUUUAUAUUCCCCCUCCCCAUCUCUUCCCCUUGUACACUGAUCAAAUGCUCACUAACUUUGGGGAAAUAUAUUAAAUAUGGAAAAAAAAAUAUCUCUAUGUAUGUUUCCAGAUCCUACCAGUGUAGGAGAGAUGUGGCUAAAUUGCAAAGAAAUUGGAUGCACGUUAUUAGCAUGUUGGUGUGAAACAUGUUAAAGGGACAGUCCAAGCAAAAGAAAUACAAAUCUAAUUUGGCCAGACACCAGAGAGAAUUAGAAAAAAAAUAAAUCUAUUUUACUUCCUUGCUUCCUGAUUUCUUGAACAUUGUGGCCAAUCACAGUGAUAGGGUUGUUGGGCUGUGCCGAACUAAUGCACCCUAUCGGACAAGCUGAAUCAAAUCCUGGAGACUGAAAAGUCCCAACACUUCCUAAAUAUGAAUUUGAUUAAUAUGUACAGUAUAAGUGUUCCUGAAGGUACUGAGUGUCCUAUUCUGUCUUGCAUGUAAAAUAUAUAGAAAUCUAGACACAGGGAGAGACCGAGAGAUAGAAUUAUAAAAUAUUCAUACGGUCUUACUCUUGCUGGCACCCAUUGCAAUACUAAUGGAAUGUUAAUGAGAACUAACAGGUUGGGGAUCAUUGAAGCAUACUGUCCACUUUACAUGAAUCCACUGUGCUAUUGGCCUUUUUAGUGGCACUUGUGCUAUGAAAUGGAGAGCAGUGCACUUGUUUUGAGUCAAGGAGGGGGAAUGGGGCAAUCCAGCUGCUGGCAGCUCCUCAACAAGAUUUAUUGCUGGCAGUGUUCAUUUUCCAGCAGCUGUUUCAGAGCAAGGUCCCUUACUUUGUGUAACUGCCCGGGCUUGUCACGCACACGUGCAAUAAGAAGAGAAAACCUACACAGAUCUGAUUACUCGCCCAUGCCAAGGAAAUGUAUUUAGAUACUCUUACUUAAAUUUCCUUGCAAGCUCUUAGCUUGGCUGUGAGAGGAGACUGCGGAGUGGGUAGUACGUGCUUGUGUGUAUGUCGUUUUAUUUUUGUAAAUUUUUCUGUGAAAGAACAAACACAUUUUUACGGUUAAUUCUUUACCACAAUUAAGUUUGGUGCCAAAGGUACAUAUGAAUUAUAUCCAUGUGUGAAUGAUCAGUUUAUAUUUCAAAUUGCUGUUUUUUUUUUUUUUUAUAAUUUAGUUUUGUUUAAUUGUAAUAAAAAUACAUAAUCUACUUCAAGAUGGUGCUGCUUUAUUCGUUUUUUUAGUGUAAUAGUAAAUCACAUGUUUAUACUAUUCAUUCUGUUUGGACCGUCUCAUAGUUUUCUACACGGGAGCUUAAAUAGUUGAUGCUGUGCGCAUGCUUUCAUGCAGUUAGCACCAUAUAUUAAACAAAGCCAUACGCAAGAUGUGUGUGUGUGUUUGUAAUUUUAUUUAAUGAAUGUAAGCUAAUUCAGCUGUCUAUGCCAAAAGCUGGGUGAUGGAUCCUACAAAUCCUUGCAAUUUGGGCUGAGAGUUUUCAGUCACUUCUUGGUUUGGUCAGAGGUUGCUGUAGAACCUAGGGAUUUGCAGCAAUUUCACAAACCUUAAUGUGUACUGUCCCCUCCCUCUCACCCCAAAGCAAAGUAAUAAAUAAAUUAUAUAGUUUUAUUUAGUUUUUUUACGGAAGACAUCCUUUGAUCUCUGCCUGACUUGCUUUGCCUUUGCACUCGCUGGUAGCAUCACAGAAAGUCCUUUCCGAAAGCCUCAGAUUGAUUUUCACUAUCAACCACUUAACCACGACAUUAAUUUCCUGAAUUACUGCACGUUCAUAACCUGAAGUGAGUAUUGUAGCAGUGGGGAGAUUACUACCUACUCCUGCAUGUGAAUGAUCAAUGGCUUUUCACGUUCUGCUUGUGCUCAGAUGCAGAACCAGUUGCAGUAUAGGGUAUUGAGAGAGAAGAGUUUCGCUGUGCUUUUUAUUUUUUUUUAUUUUUUUAUAUUCAUGUAACCCCUUACCCCCCCCUUUUUUUUUUUUUGAAUUGCUUUCUCAUUUCUCAACUUUCAAAAUGUUUCCACUAUUCAUCACAAAACUUUAGCUGAAUGAAUCUCUCUUGCCAGCAGCUAAGAGUCACAUGAAAUUUGUGCCUGAUUUAACCCCGGCCGCUGGUUUGAUCAGGUCCUUUAGGACAUCAGACGAGGGCUUCGGCCAAUUAUCUGUGGCCUUUGCCUCUGUUUGUAAUAAAAGGAACCUCUGAGCUACGCAUGGUUUGGAUUUUCCUCAAGUGGCAACAUGUCAUCAACCUUUAACAAGAGAGAGAGCAUUUUAUUGGAAAGAUUUAAAUAUUGCUCUUAUCACAGUAUUUCUGGACUCCUUAAAGAAUCACGUGUGCUUGUUAUUGAUAUAAUAGUGCAGCUAUAAAUAAAUCAAUUCAGACCCUAGUUACUGUUUGGCCUCAUUCAUAUUUAUAUUCUACUCUUUAUUUAAAAAAAAAUAAAAAAUUAAAAUCUGUUUCUUUAACAUCAAUCUUACUUAAAUAAUUUCCACUUCAAACUACUCUUGAAUGAAAGAUGCAGCAAACUGACAUCCACGAAAUGUAAAUGUAAUGUUCUCUCCUUAUAUUUUUUUUAUAAAAAGGAUCUGUCUCUAGCUUUGGCCUUUUUUUGCACUUUAGCGUGGUUUAUUUUUCUCCCCCUUCAUUGCCCAGGAUCUGGCUUUUCGUCUGACUAGUCAUUCUUAAUACUCACUCUUUAUUAUUUUUUUUAAUUUUUUCUGUUGCCGUGAGUUUCCUAUUGGUUCAGUGGAGGCUCUAUCCCUUUGUUUUAAUUGCUUUCCCAUAAUUUUUAAGCUGCUUCCUCAAUCUCCAGAAAAAUAAAAUGACAUCUUACACUCCUGCCACUGUCUAGGACUCCUUCCCCCAUAACAUCCUACUCCCCAGUCCAUUCACUGUGUUUUCAAUAUAUGCACUUUUUCUGAUGGAGUACAAAUAGACCCUUAUUUUGGUGAUUUGACAUAUCCUUUUUGUUUUAAGAUCCAUUAUCUGAGCACGAUUCUAAAAUAACUCUCUGGAAGCUCCACGUGCACACGGCACCGCAAGAUUAGUGUUAAACAAUAGUGGUUUGGGUAUUAGAGUGUUCAGGUUUAAGAAGAAAUUUACUUUUGGUUUGUUUAGAAAGGUCUAAGAAUACUGACCCUUUUUAUUUUUUAUUUUUUUUCUGUCUAGCAGCUGCCAGAUAUCCCAUUGAGCCUCACAACAUGAGUCCAGAAAUCUGGAUUGCCCACGAGCUUCGUCGGAUCGGAGAUGAGUUCAACGCAUCAUUCGGUCCAAGAAGGGUAAGAAAAUAAUAUGUAGUUCUUGUAUCCUCUGGUGUAAGGUACACGUGCAGGAUUUUAAGUUAGCCAAAGGAGUAGGCCUCACAAAGGGUGGCAUGUCCUUAACAAAUCUUCAAAUAUUUCCUGUAAGCCACAGUUUAUUUAUUUAUUUUUAUUUUAUUUUUUUUGAGAAAAUGCAAUGUUUACAUUACAGCCUAGGGAUACCUCCACUGGCCACUCCACUGUUUGCUACUAGAGGUGCUUCAGUGUGCAGCACUGCCAUUCAGUGUCUACACCAUCUGCAUGGAGUCACUGAACUUUCCUCAUAGAGAUGCAUUGAUUCAAUUCAUCUACAUGAGGAGAUGAUGAUUGGCUAUAGCGUUGUUUGGCUCCGCCCCGGCCUGCCUCCUUGGCUGAGAAAAUCAGAACUGACAAUCUCAGCCAAUACAAUACUUUCCUAUGAGAAAGAGAUAAUCACCAAACAGGCAGAUUAGUGUCAGAGCCAGCAGCAGCAGACUGGAAUAAAGGCAAGAGUUUACUAUAUUUAGGGGGGCCAGGUGGGCUAGAUAGUGUUUUUAACACUAUAGGGUCAGGAAUACAUGUUUGUGUUCCUGACCCUGUUGUAAGUGUCGGAACUGCAGGGGUCACAGCUGUGACAGUCACUCCAGGGGGCCCUGCGUACCCCUGCAACUAGGUGCCCGCUGCCGUGUGUUGCGGCCAGGGCCAGACUAUCUCCUUUUUAAAUCUAUAUGCCGAAAUCUGCUCCAAGAUCAUCUUUCAAAAGCACAACUUAUUUUAGUUUUCUUACUGUAAUCCUGUUGGUUUGUUUGUUUUUAUAUAACUAGUCAUAAGACAUCCGUAAUGAACACCAGAACACUCGCAUGAUAAAAUACAAACACAGGCCCUCUUGUUGCUCCAAUAACUGGCAUUGCCACUAACCUACAUACACAGAACAUCCCAAGAACAUAGUGGCACUGAUCAUGCAGAAGUGCUACAGGGGUGCCUCACCCCAAUGCAUACUUCAUUAGCGAUCACCGGGAUGAAUAAAAGGAAACUGACACAAACUUAGAGGUGGAAGUUCCUUUCUAAUACUCCACUACUACUUCUUGUUGCAACUAAAACAUAUGUUCACACAAAAACAUAUGAUACCGCACUCAACUGAUUUGAUAUAAGUAGUUCUGCUAUUUAAUAAACUAUUAGUUUUUUCAAAAAUGAUAUUUUUAAUUUGAUGUAUACGGGAAAAAAAAUGCUUCAACAAUUGGCUUUCUGCAUAUAAUCUAUCCUAUUACAACCAAUAAUACACCAUACGUGAAUAAAUCAACCCCUACAGAGUCCGACUUAAUUAGUGGUGAUAGUGCUUAACUGCACUAUAUAUUUGAGAGCCCAGGUUGUUAUCUGGAAGAUUUCUUGAAAAAAAACUAUAUAAGGAAAAAGAAAAAAAUGAAAACCAUAAUAACAGUGAAAAAAUAAUGUAUUUACAGUCCCAGUGUGUACACACUAUGAUAUUUGGGUGGAUCUCACCAAUAUUUCCGUAGGUGCAGGUCCUGUUGUAGUUAAAGCUGUUUGUCUAAGUUCAUAUGAAGGCAACUCCUUGUGAGAUGAUACAAAUAACCGGUGCUAGAUUUGGCCUGUUCUCAAAACAAGAUAUCUCCCAGGAUCUGUAUGAGGUCUCUCCAGUGUCGGUGGAGUGCUGGGCGUCUCUCUGGUGUCGGUGGGGUGCUAGGCUGCGCGCUAGGGAUUUUAAUACCUUUUUUUUUUUUUUUUUUUAACCAGUGCAAAUUAUCAGUUGGUUUAUUUAGAGAUUUGUCCUUGGUCCCUUUACCCACCACUCCAGAAAAUCGUUCCACUUAUAUAAACUGCCACCCAAGCUGUAUUUACGAUAUGAAUUCCGUGAAUAAAACUAUACAUUGUGAAAGCAGAGCUAAUUAACAUGUAUGAAUGAAGUAAAGAAAUGGUUUCUAAAUGGGUUCUUUGUUUUUUUGUUUUUUUUAUCAUGGUGCUAGUUACUGAUAAUAAAUGGUUAUGUCAUAAGAAUUAAGAGCCUACUAUGAAACAAAUUUUGAUGUCCCUGAGGCGGAAUUUGUAAAGGAAGUUUAAUAUGUACUGUCGUCAGUAAGCGUUGCAUUCAGAUGAGUGCCACUUAUUAAAGGGACACUAUAGUCACCAAAACAACUACAGCUUAUUGAAUUUGUUCUAGUGAGUAGAAUCAUUACCUUCAGGCUUUUUGCUGUAAACACUGUCUUUUCAUAGAAAAUGCAGGGUUUGCAUUACAGCCUAGUGAUAACUUCAUUGGCCACUCCUCAGAUGGCUGUUAGAGAUCCUUCCUGGGUCAUGGCUGCCUAAAAUGCAUCCAAACAUUCCGUGUCUCCUCCAUCUGCAUGCAGACACUAAACUUUUCCUCAUAGAAAUUAAUUGAUUCAAUUCAUCUCUAUGAGGAGAUGCUGAUUGGCCAGGGCUGUGUUUGAAUUGUGCUGUCUCUAUCCCCUGAUCUGCCUCCUUGUCAGUCUCAGUCAAUCCUAUGGGGAAGCAUUGUGAUUGGAUCAGGCUACCACUUCUGAUGAUGUCAGCAGACAGCUUUUUUUCUUCUGAGGCAAACAGCAUGCAGAUCUACAGCUUCUGGCUUGAAUACAGUAAGAUUUUUCUAUAUUUAUGGAGGUAUGAGGGGCCCAGGGGGGCUAGAUGGUGGUUCUAACACUAUAGGGUCAGGAAUACAUGUUUGUGUUCUUGACCCUAUAGUGAUCCUUUAAAACACCACUGAGAGAUGAGAUGGCACUUUGUGUGCUUGGACCUCGCUAAGUAUCAAAUUACAAGGAAACUCUUCUCUUUGCUAGUUGUAUUUGGUUUUUCACUAUUUAUCAGGGUUUUACAGUUUGAUUGCACAAGUAGGGCAACCUGCUUCGUUAUGAAAGGUUGUGUGAAGCGGCAAUGUGAAGGGGUGAAUUUCUGCUCUCAUUAGGCUUAAAGGAAAUUGGCUUUUUUGAGCCCUGUUUAUACAAUCUAAAUUAUGGAUUGAUAAACACACUCACUUGUAUUGGGUGAAACAUGCCUGGACAAAUCCCAGUGUAAUACAAAAGCCCUGACAAUUAACAUACAGUUUCAAUGUCUUUGAAUGUGGUUCUUGUUUACCUGUGUAGAAUUAAAAAUCACUUGGCAUUCCUGGUCCUGUCCUUUCUAUAGCAACUUAUGUAUGAGUAGUUUCAGGCAGUUCUAAAAGUAGAGCAAUCACCAGAGAAAUGCUGCUGGUUUCCAUAGUGAUUGCUCCAUUUCAUUCAAAACAUUAUUUUUAUAUGUACGGUCAGUGAGAACGGCUCUCCAAAUGUACCUGGUAAAACUUGUAGAAUUGUCUGCAAAGUAAAUUCAGCUUUUCCCUACCCAGUUAUUAAUGUGUUGACCAGGAUGUAUAAAAGGAACAUUUGCUGAUGAUCCGUAUUCAUCUUCUUAAAGCACCCUGAGGCCUUUGUCCAUAAAAUCAGACCGUGUCUUUGUUCCGACGAGUCUUUAUUUCACAAUCUCCACCACACCAUGCAGUGGGAGCAUGUAGGCCUGCUGGAGCCUUCCAUUGCUUUCCGUGGUGAUUGUACCAACUUAUAAAUAACUCCCACUCUUCAUUUUAAAAACUUUAAGUCGCUUAUUUUAGCAAUUGGUGUAACAUUUUGCAACGUUCACAUAGAACUUCCUCUUUGCUAUGAACUUUGUUCUCACAUCAAAUGCAUAUUGUUUUUUUAAAGAUGGUUUAUUGUCACUUCCUUUUAUGAAACUCAGAAAGCUAGCAUGACGUGUUUGCUUUACAUCACAAGGCAAGGCUAGUUACUAUAACGCUAUGUACACAACACUGAAUUCUUUUUAUUUCUUUAUUUUUCCCCCUUCUAAAUGUAAACAUGUCUGCAGCCAUUCACAAACCACAAGAAUACAGCUCUCCUGCUUGUGUUUUAGAUUGACACAAACUUUCUUUUUUUUGAAAUAAGGUAGCUUCAUUUCAGGGAGCUAUGUAUGAAGCGACAUUUGGAGAAUGGUUCUUUAUUAACUUCCUCUGCUUUAUUUGAUUUCUAAUACUUUUUAUGUCUUUUUGAAGCUUACUUCACCAUUUAUUUUAUUUAUUUAAAUCACCACAAUAAUGGCUCGCUGUAGAGAUUAUAAGGCUGAGUCUGAGGAUCAUAUUCUUGGUUAAAGGGACACUAUGGUCACCAGAACAACUACAACUUAAUGUAGUUGUUCUGGUGAGUAUAAUAGCUCCUUUCAGGCAUUUUAAUGUAAACACUGCCUUUUCCUAGAAAAGGCAAUGUUUACAUUGCCCCUAGGGACACCUCCAAGUGGCCACUCCUUGAUUCAAUGCAUCUCUAUGAGGAGGUCCUGAUUUGCCCCCGACCCGUGCUGAUUUUAGCCAAUCCAAUGCUUUCCCAUUGGAUUGGCUAAAAAUCAGCCAGCGCCGGCGGACCCGCACUUUGCUGGAAAUAAGGUGAGUUUUAAACCAGGGGUUCUCAACGUUAGUCCUCAGGACCCCCUACCAGUCCAGGGUUUAGGGAUUACCUGGGUGUGUCUAAGGUGUUUAGAAAAAAAAACACAUUAGAGUCUAAGGUGGUUUUUUCCCCCUCUUUCUAAACACCUGAGACACACCCAGGUAAUCCCCAAAUCCUGGACUGGUAGGGGGUCCUGAGGACUGGGUUGAGAACCCCUGUUUUAAACUUUUAACAGGGGGCUGGGGGGGAAGCCACCCAUAUGGUGGGUUUAGCACUAUAGGGUCAGGAAUACAUGUUUGUGUUCCUGACCCUAUUGUGAUCCUUUAAUGUCAAGCUAGUUUUGGAGCAGUUUGAAAAAUUGGAACCUUUUGACUGUUCCUUCAGCAACACUCUGCAUGAUCAUCUAUGAUUCCAUCCAACCUGGACAGCCUUCAUAGGCUGAGGGCACAAAUAACUCCAAAACUGGUUUGUUGUGUUAGUCAGCUGCUAGGAAUUUGCCAGCGUGUGUACUUGGACAACUGUUCAAUUUAGCUUUUCUGCCUUCAAAAAAAAUAAAUACAUCUGUAUGGGUUAAUAUUAAAACCGAUCUAUCAGCUGCUAGUUUGGGUAAACCCAAGAGACUGCAAGUUCUAUAAAUUAGUUUAUAAUUUAUGACCUACGUUUCCCAAAUAGUGUACCAUAAGCUCAUAUGUCUUGUUAACUGUAGAAAAUGCUUUGCUACAUCUGCAAUAUAUGUUGGUAAUGGAAUUAUUAAUAAUUCAUGUGCUAUGGACAUUAAAAAUUGGACUGAAAUUCAUCUUAAAAGUUGCUUCCCGUAAUAUGUGCUUUGCAAAGUGCACGGUUAUAGAAAGAGCUAUCUUAAUAGUUUCAAUCCUCUUUACUUGUGAAUAUGUAAUUAUACACACCGGCCAGCUUUUAUAGCUCUAUUGUAAUCUAAUGAUUGCACUGUUAUUACUUGGCACAAGAGAGGAUUAACAAAAUUCCCAAGUGAUUGGUUGUGUUUUACGUUAUUGUAAUGACAUCAUGUGGUUCAGAUUGAUGGAUGUGAUUACAUAUAAUCAAUUUGAACAUGUUUUUAGGGUUGAUAUUUCUAACAGACAUAGCAAAUAUACACUUUAAUUGUUAACCAUAUUGCAUUGGUGUUGUAUGACAUUCAUUAAUUGUCCCCGGAGUUCUAUUGUUUGUAUCUUACUAGUACAUUUUAGAACGUUGCUACUUAGAUCAUUGAAUUACACUUCCACCGCUCUCGUUGGCAGGGUGUUUUGUACAACCCCAAUCUUGAACAAUUGCAGUUAGAGCGCUUGUGAAUUUCAAAGCCAGGAGAGGGGAACUGUAUUUCUAGAUCUCUCGUGGGGUCUGAAAGAUGCCCAAACCAUUUUAAAUGGUUAAUAAUUGCUUAUUGACAUGGUAUCUCAGAUCCAUGUGCCAAGUAUAUUUCUUUUCCGGGUCCGUUGGUUUUACCAUCCUUUUUAAAAAGAUAUUUUGUCUUGCUAAGUGACAUUACAGUUGGAUUCUGUCUGUUGGUUUUUGAAUGUACUGUCAACAGUUUGUGUAGAACAUUAAAUGAAAGUAAAAAAAAAAAAAGUUGAUAUUGUAGAACACAGAAUGUAAACUAGUCUUUGAAGAUGGAAAAGUAGCAGUUUGUCAGUUAUGGAUAUCAGUCCUAUAAACAUAUCACUUUUAGUUGUGUUGUUUUUUUUUGUGUUUUUUUUGUUUGUUUGUUUGUUUGUUUUUUUUUUUUUAGGGCUUAUACCAAUGAUUGGUGGCUUUUUGGACUAAUAGCUGGUACCAAUUUUCUGCGAGUGAUGUACCGUACUAACAGGGGGAUGUUGGACGGUCCAAGAAAAGGCAAUGUUUACAUUGCCCCUAGGGACACCUCCAAGUGGCCACUCCUUGAUUCAAUGCAUCUCUAUGAGGAGGUCCUGAUUUGCCCCCGACCCGUGCUGAUUUUAGCCAAUCCAAUGCUUUCCCAUUGGAUUGGCUAAAAAUCAGCCAGCGCCGGCGGACCCGCACUUUGCUGGAAAUAAGGUGAGUUUUAAACCAGGGGUUCUCAACGUUAGUCCUCAGGACCCCCUACCAGUCCAGGGUUUAGGGAUUACCUGGGUGUGUCUAAGGUGUUUAGAAAAAAAACACAUUAGAGUCUAAGGUGGUUUUUUUCCCCUCUUUCUAAACACCUGAGACACACCCAGGUAAUCCCCAAAUCCUGGACUGGUAGGGGGUCCUGAGGACUGGGUUGAGAACCCCUGUUUUAAACUUUUAACAGGGGGCUGGGGGGGGAAGCCACCCAUAUGGUGGGUUUAGCACUAUAGGGUCAGGAAUACAUGUUUGUGUUCCUGACCCUAUUGUGAUCCUUUAAUGUCAAGCUAGUUUUGGAGCAGUUUGAAAAAAUUGGAACCUUUUGACUGUCCCUUCAGCAACACUCUGCAGUUUAGGAUUUAGGAUAAGAUGCAAAACCAGUGAACCACUCAUGGACAGCUGUUUCGUUGUUAAUGCAACUCUUCAGCAUGAGGUUGGUUACUGGUUUGCUUAUGGAGGCUUGGUAGUGCUUGUGAAGCAAGAUCCAAAUAGAUUAUGGUGGGGAAAAAUUGUGAUUAAAACCCCUCUUGCUUCACAAGCACUACCAAGCCUCCAUAAGCAAACCAGUAACCAACCUCAUGCUGAAGAGUUGCAUUAACAACGAAACAGCUGUCCAUGAGUGGUUCACUGGUUUUGCAUCUUAUCCUAAAUUGUGUUCCAAGCAGUUGUAUACUGCAAACACAAAUUAAAAGGAAUCCAUGUUUAAAAUGGAAUGAGGCAAAAAUGUGAUUCUUUGUUAAACUAAUUUGCAUAUGCCCACCCAGAAUCCUUUGCGGUUGUAACAUCACUGCUGAUUUGGGAUUUCUGUGGGAAAAGCAAGUCUUAUGGCUUGACUGAUGUGCAGAUUUUUGUUUAGCAUUGUAUUAAAAAAAAAAAAAAAAAAAAUAUAUAUAUAUAUAUAUAUAUAUAUAUAUAUAUAUAUAUAUAUAUAUAUAUAUAUAUAUAUUUUUUUUUUUUUUUUUAAUCUCCCAAACUGAUAACUGGUCAAUCCUUUAUUAAAGGCAUAUACCAAUUUAAAAACCAAAACCACAACAAGAAAUGCACUACUCUGAAGUCUUCAAUCAUGACUAUUGUCUAAUCACAUAGUUCUGAUAGAGAAAUGCAAGGACACACUGACCAUUCUCUGAAGGAUCAUCCUGCACAGCAUGAUGACAUUGAGCACAGUUAAUACUUCUCAGACAUGGAAGGAUAUAUAGGAGCAUGAUUUUGGAGAAAUGUAAACAUUACCAUUUGACAGAAACGACAGUAUUCUGCAUUGUAAGAUGAUAGAAUCUAUGCACCAAAAUAACUACAUCAAAAAGUAGUGGUGUUUGUAUUUAUUUUUUGGUUGGUUUUUCCCUUUAUCCAACAUUUGUGUUUUAACCUAGACUUUGUUGCUUCAAAUCUUAAAAACAAGAAGAGAUGUUUUACAAGCCGUUUUAGGGUAUCCUCCUGUAAGAAUUCUUCUCCAUAAUUUUCUACUUAUUGGCAGUAUUUUAUUUAUUAAAACUAAAAAUAGUUCUUACGCCUCCACCCCCAUCUCAUUUUUCCCCCUGUGCAUUGUUGUUUUGUCAAAUUGUCCUAGUCCUAGCAGGAGUGUGUCCACUUACUGUUGGUGGAGCCUGGCAGGGUAACAGCUACUGUUUUGACUAUGCUACGGUUCUUGCACAUUGUGUUGGUCAAAUCAUUUAAUGUGUGAAGCCUGAGCUGUAAAACACCUAUUAUGUGUUCAAUAUAUUCAGUUUUAGGAAGUCAGUCCAAGAUUUAAUGGAAAGAAAUCAUGAUUGCUGCCAAAAACCCAUUCUGCUGAGCUAUUCAGAUAGGGUUAUUUGGUUACUCACUGUGUACAUAUUGCUCAGUCUUGGGAGUGUGCUUCAGUUAUGGCUUUUCUAGCAAAGCUUGGCAUGGGCACAGCAGUUUGUGCCAUAUACCACUCCCUGCACAGCUGUUCCCAUUGGCAAAUGUCUCUUCCAUAAACCAUCUAUGAUUGGGCAGGAAAGUGGGUAUCCUAUUUUGAUUGCUGCUGAAUAAAAAUGAGGUCAUCACCCCCUUCUCACAAGAGAUUUCUCAUUCCAUUUUAUCUUCAGAAACCAUUAGACUUGUGCAUGGCCGAAAAAAAAGUAAUUUGGUUGAAUCCAUAUUUAAUUUUUUUUUAUUUAAUUUUGUUCAGGACCUCCGACACUUGUUUAUUUGACUGUUUGGUUUGUCCCAAUAUUCAUGAAAAAUAUUAAAACUAUUUUGACAAACUAAAAAGGACACGGCUCUUUUUAUUUUUAUUUUCUUUACACCUCUGUUGGUCACUUCUAACUUGAACAGGAGGUCCGACUCCUGAAGCAAACAAAUAUGCUAGUCCCUUACACUAGUAGUUUGCUUGGUUAUACGUCCACGUGGGUCUUCAGAGGUUCAACCAAAUCACUAACUCCCCUAAAUUGCAGUGCAUAAGUCUAGAAACCAAUUGUACAUUCAGUAUGCACAUGAAAAGAGGACUCAAGUCUUUCAAACUGAAGAGCUUCAUUGCACGCUUUUGGCAGGUUGGAUAGUGCUGUAGAAGUGGGUAAACUACAUUCAAACAGCCCAGAAUUAAUUCUGUGUUAUAAUUUGUAUUUCAAUGGAGGAAAUGUAGCUCUUUUAUUUAUGGUUUCCUCCUACUGUGGUUUUAAUAAUAAAGAGAAUUGGCUCAUUUUGGUACAACUAGAUUUUGGUAGGAUCAAAUCAGCAAAUAUAUUCAAAUUACCAGCAGUCAAGUGAUUAGAAUUAACGUUCAGUACAUGUACCUGUUCAGUAGAUCAAUUUUCUGUCCAUUUCUUUAAUUCAUGCAGCCAUAAACGGUUCAUAGAAACCAGUGGAAAAACGUCACAUCCAACUAAACUACUCCUUGGCUUAAUCCCAAAUCCAAAUCUGGAGUUUUACGGAUGUGAUUUUCGUAACCCUUGACCUCAAGUGAUUAAACCCAUAACCAUGUUCUUUUUGUACACCUGGAAAAAAGAGCAUUUUGAAACUUUACAAAAGCAAGCACUUCAUGUUUUUUCACUUUUUUUUUUUUUUUUUAAACAUAAAGGAGAUGUUAACUGCUAAAUUGCUUAACAGGCAUCUACACAAUUUUCAGACUGAUUUAAUAAAUUCUGGAAUAGAGAAUCAACAUAAUCACAUAGUUUUAUAAGCAUUUCAACAGCCGGUAGAUUAACUGUCUGGGGUAUUUUCCAAGCAAGCCUUUUAUUCCGUUAAAGGACCACUAUAGGCACUCAGACCACUUCAGCUGAAUAAAGUGGUCUGGGUGCCAGGUCUCUCUAGUUUUAACCCUGCAGCUGAAAACAUAGCAGUUUCAGAGAAACUGCUAUGUUUACACUGAGGGUUAACCCAGCCUCUAGUGGCUGUCUCAUGGACAGCCGCAAGAGGCGCUUCCGCGAUUCUCACUGUGAAAAUCACAAUGAGAAGACGCUGACGUUCAUAGGAAAACAUUGAGUAAUGCUUUCUUAUGGGUGGUUUGAAUGCGUGCGCUGCUCUUGCGCAUUCGGCGGAGGAAAGUUCCCCAGCGCUGGAGAAAGGCAAGUGGUUAAAGUCCAGCAGGAGGGGGGCCGUGGGGGGGGGACCUAAGGACUACCUAGUGCCAGGAAAAUUAGUUUGUUUUCCUGGCACUAUAGUGGUCCUUUAAGCAGUGAAUGAAAAAAAGUUGGACGAUUUAAUGGAAAAAUGUAUAUAUUUUCAUGAUUUGCUUGAUUUAUGCACCUUGCUCCUUGCAUUGUUGGUCUUGUCAAUAAACUGGGUAGAAUUACUUUCUAUGGUUCUUAAAACUGCAAUGCACAUGCAUAGUUUUUCUUUAAUAGAUUUAUUUAUUUUCUGUAUCAAUUACAAAUAACAUUUCACUUUAAAAAUAAAUAAAUAUAUAAAUAUAAAUAUUUUAUAUGUAUGCAUUUGAAAUUGACCCCUUUUUAGGGUUAGGCAAAUAUUAAUUGUUGUGCUAUUAUGUGGUCUUGAGGUUACCAGUCCUGAAGGUGUUAAACAAUAUACUUUAUCAACUGAGAAUUAAAAGGCGUUACUUAUAUCUGGGGAGAUGUAAGCCAUCUGUAUAAAGAUUGGGGCAAGAAAUGGCCAGAAAUACACUGUACUGCUAUACUCCAACACGGAGCUGUAAAACCCAAGAGAUCACUACAGAAUACAUGUAGAAAUCAUAUAUUUAUACCAAGUAAUGGAAAUGAUGGGAAAACAUGCAGUACUACCUCAUUUUUAGCCAGUUAAAAAUUAAAUAAAUUACAAAUUCUAUUUAUAUCUGUUUGAUUUUCCUUGUUAUUUUAGUAAUUGUACAGAAUCUUUGAGAAUGCUAAGACAAAUUUGACACAUCUCUAUUUAAUUGCAGGGAUUCCUUGACAACGGACGCCGGGCACCAGAGCAAGUGGUAAUCCUGCGUGUGCUGCGUUUCCUUAUUCGAUUCAUUUGGAGGAUGCAAUGACUGAUCUUAACAAAUCUCGACCUCUGAAGGAGAAAUGCUACAUCUCUCCAUCAUCCUCAUUCUACUCUUUGCUUGCUUCCAUUUUAUAGCACAUGUGACCAUCAGCAGAUAUAACUAUGCAAUUCACAUGCCUGCACACUUGCUAUGUGGAACUUGGGGAGAAUUCUGCUCUUCCCUGGAACAUUACUCAGGCAUGUUCGAAAAGUGGAAUUUUUUUAAAUUUUUCUUUCAAAAAAAAAAAAAAUUACAAUCCAAGUAUCAAUCCAAUGAUACAUUAAUGAAAUUUUAAAAGAAAAAUCAUUAAUUGAUGUAUUUUAUAGAGUAGACAAAUUUUUAUAUUUUAUGUACAUAAAAAAAGAAAAAGCUUCAUCAAACUUUUUACACAUCUACUGAAAUAUGCAUUUUAUCAUCUGACCUGUGGAAAUUACUGCAAUGGUGAACCAGCGGAGCCGGAGCCACAUAGCUGCCUUACUUUGUACCGAGCAUAAAAUUGUGAUAGGACAUCACAAAUGGAGCUUGUGUUCUUAAGACCAUACAUGACAUGGCUAUCUUGGUGCUUGCUUGUGCUCUUCCAGUUUUACGGGCCUUUUAUGAAAUCAAGGUUUCCCAAACAUUUCUUUAAUGUAAACUUUUAUAUUCUUCCAUAAAGACCUUAAUAAGUGACUUGUCUGGGAUGUGUUCACUUUGGUUCAAUCAUCAUUGGAAGGAUAUAUUACUGGAAACAAUUGUUCCUCAAUACGAUGCAUCCAUGUUGGAAUUUACUGAAUUCUGGGCAGUUUAUAAUUUCAAUUUGCUUAACAAAAAUAAGGCAGUCUUGCUCCAUUCUAGCUUUGUAUCUGGCGUCCUCUCAACAAGGGUGAAAAAAAAUAUGGGCACUUCCUUUUUACCUGUGUUAAUGUGCAAUGUGUUACUUUUUUGGUUUCUUUGGCUUAGCAGUAAGGUGUAAGAUGUAACUGUACAUCACUUUAUCUACACCUUGCUUACAGGUACGAUACAAAAAGUACUUGGACAUACCCGUCUGGGCAGUGAAGGGACCAUAUGUCUGUCUAUAGGACCAACUGUUUCAUGAAUAUUAUAUGGCCCAGCUAUUUUAAAUCAUCAGACAGAGCCUGCAACCAGGUUUCUGUUUGUAAAAGAUGGGCUUGUUAAUCUGGUGGGUGGAUCCUAUAUGUUGCUGGUACUAACUGCAGCCACCACGUUGCAUAUAUGCUCCAGAUACAUAAUGACUUGUUCAGUGUCUAUUUAGAUUGUACACAAAUAGGGAUAUAAAGACAUUCCAUCAUAUUCCCUUUUUCACAAUCAAAUUUGUCCCAACCAAUUAAUUUUUUU